AUGGGUUGUGUGCCAUUCUAUUGAACAUGAAUUUCAUGUUUUCUUUCCCAAACCAGUUCAAGUGGGUGUUGCAGUGAGGUCUAGAUUGUGACACCAUGUCAGGGGUGGACCUGUACAGUACAUACACUGCCUUUAUCAGAGAAGACCAGGCAGAAGAUAUUUUGACACCCACAGCCAAUCAAACACAUGGUAAUCCAAAACUGUGACGUGAAUGACGUAGACAUUUUGCAUGUGCUGAAGUAGGAUAAGAUUUGUUUUUCAAUGUCAUAGUCACUUUCAUAGUCACAAAAUGCCUCCACCAUCAGACCACUACAAUUUACAGGAUUAAAUCCAGUGAUAACACAGAAGAUCACAAUUCACACACCACCAUCCAUUUAAUAAACCAUGUAGCAAGCAGCCAUGGCAGAAUCCAGAGAUUACGUUGGAGAUUUCCUGACAGAAUUCAAGGAGCAGAUAAUUACGAGAGCGACUCGGGUCAGUGACAUUGCUGAGGCUGUUAUCUCCCAAAGUCUGAUCCAAGAUGCGGCAGCUCAGCAAGUGGAUGCUGCUCCAACCCAACAGGAGGCAAUGCAGCUCCUGUUUGAGGCUUUGGAAAGAGAGCCAGUCCGAAACAGAGUGUCCUUCCAUCUCAUCCUGAGAAUGACAGAGCCUGAGCUGAUUCACGAACUAGAGUGGAGACAACGCAACAGCAAGCACACGCAAACAGAGAUAGGCAGUCCACCCAGUCCUCCCAGAGAAAAAAGAAAACAGGAUGACAAGAACGGGCAUACAAGAGACAUUCAGAAGAGAAAAGACUCGCUAAAAAGGCGUAGACUGGAGACGAUGCGUGCCAUUGAGCAGAUUGAGAAACUUUGGGAAGGAACCAAGCAAGAAAGGAGUGAGAUAGACAACAUGAGGCAGAGGAUUCAGCGACAGCAAGAUGAAAUAACUAGGAUGACCACGGAGAAAAGUCAACUUGAGAGAACCAUUACUCACAUGAAAGCAGAGAUGGACCACAUCCAUGAAAGAAUGGAUCGGAAUAAAGAAGAGGUAAACAGAGAGAGGGAGAGGAUUGAGCAAAUGAGAUCUGACCUUCAAACCGAGCAAACCACCCUGGAGCAAAAACGUGAUGAUAUCAUGAGAGAGAGACAGAAAUUGGAGAUGAUCAGAUAUGAGGUUCUGAGACAGAAGGAGGAGUUGGAGAGCAACCGCGAAAGCACCAAGUACGAGAUGGAACGAAUGGAACAAAUGAAAAGUUCCAUACAAGCUCAGAUUAAUGAGAUAGAGAUGAAGAUUAAUGAAACACAGAAAGCAAAGGGUCAGAUGGAGCAGAUGAAAGCUGAAAUAGAAGAGGAAAAAAAUGAGUUGGAGAGAAAGAAGCAUGACAUCAAGAAACAAAAAGAUCAAUUUGAGCAGAUUAAACUUGACAUACAGCAAGUGAAGAUGGAAAUGGAGCAAAGGUGGCAUGAAACAGAGAAAGAAGGGAUGGAACAGAGAGCUAUAAUCCAAAGAGAGAAAGAUGAACUGAAAUACCUGCAAGAUGAGGUUCAAAGAGCAAGAGAAGAGGUUGAAAGAAACAGAGCAUUCUCAAAACAAGAGAUUGACAGAAUAAACCAGCUGAGAGCUCAAGCACUUACAGAAAACAACCUCAUUGAAAAGAAAUGGCAAGAUGUCUUAAGAAAAGAAAAAGAUCUGGAAGAGACGAAACAUGAAAUUGAGAAAGGUCGAGAGGAGUUGGUGAUGAAUGGAGAGCUGGUCAAAAAGGAGUGGGAAAAGAUUGAACAGGCCAAAGCAGACAUACAAAGUCACAUGAUUUCUGUGGAGGGCAGAGUUGAGGAAGUAAAAAAAGAAACUGAGAGGCUGAAACAAAUGAAAACAGAGAUGCAGAGGGACAAAGAUAUUCUAGAAAAACAGAGGGAGGAUACACGGAAAGCUAAAGAAGAAAUGGAGAAGAAGAGGUAUGAGAUAGUGACAGAGGAACUAGAGCACAGAGCUCGACUGCAUAGGGAGAGAGACGAGCUGGAGAGUGUAAGAGUAGAGAUACAAAGAGCUAAUGAUAUGGAGAAAGCAAAGAUACUGAAAGAGAAGGAAGAAUGUGUUAAGAUAAGAGAAGAGGCCAGACAAGAUAGAGAAAUGACAGAACUGAUCAAUGCAGAGAUUAAGGCCGAAAAAGACAGCUUGAACCGAAGACAAGAAGAAAUGCUGAGGGAGAGACAGGAGUUAGAGAUAAUUAAACAUGAAACGGUCAGAGCCAAAGAGGAGAUUGAGAACAGCCAAGAAAUCACAAUCCGGGAAAAUGAGAAAAUGGAAAAAAUGAAAGCUGAAAUUCAAGGGCAAAUUGAAGAUAUUGAGCAGAAGGUUGAGGAGAUCCAAAGAACUAAAGAAAAAAUGGAGAAAAUAAAGACUGAGUUGGAUGAAGAGCGGGAUGAGCUGGAAAGAAAGAGAGAUCUGGUGAGAAUAGAGACUGAACAGUGUGAGUUCCUCAGAAAUGAAAUCCUCAGGGUAAAGGAAGAAAUGGAGAGCAGGUGGCAAGAAACUGAGACAGAGGAAGUCGAACUCAGAGCAAAAACUCAGCAUGAGCUGGAAAGACUGGAAAAACUAAGGGAUGAGGUCCAGAGAUCCCAGAGAAACAUUGAGGAGAGCAGGAUGGAGCUCAUGCAGUGGAAGGACAGUCUUGACAAAAUGAAGGUUCAGGUAGAAGAAGAUAAACAUGCCACUAUCAGACAGAUGGAUGAGGCUAAAGCAAAGGGGGAAGAGUUGAAAAAAAUGAUAGAACAGAUGGAGAAAGAGCGAGAAGAGAUUAAUAACAGCAGAGAAAAGGCUAAACAAGAAGCAGAUGAAAUUAAAAGCAUGAGAAGUGAGCUACAAAGACAACAGACAGAAAUAGAGAACAGGAUUAGAGCUGCAAAAAAAGAAAAAGAGGAGGCAAACCAUGCCAAGCUUGCAGUCCAAGAGGCUGAGAUGCUCCUAAAAAAGCAAAUAGAAGAGUCAGAAAAGAGACGGUAUGAAACCAUAUCAGAAGCGCUGGAGCAAAGAGAUGAAAUACAUAAGAAAACAGAGGAGUUAGAACAAAUAAAUGCAGAGAUACAAAUAGCCAGACAUGAGCUAGAAAAGAUGAGGUAUUCUGAAAAAGAGAGUCUGCAAAAGAUGUUGGAGGAUACACAGCAAGAGAAAGAGUUCAUUGAGCAAAUGAGAACAGCUGUGCUUAAGGACAAGGAAGAUCAGGAAAAGUGUUUAGUAGAGAUAGACAAUGAGAGAGAGAAGCUUGAACAGAUUCGAUUUCAGGUCCAGAAUGAGAAGAAAGAUCUAGAAAAACGAAGGUAUGAGAUGAUGAGAUAUGAUGUAGAACAGAGUGCUCAAGUUCAGAGGCAAAAAGAAGAACUUGAGAAGAUCAAAGCUCAGCUAGAUAUUGACGCAGAGACCAUGAACAGAAGCAGAGAGUUAGCAAGACAAGAUAGAGAGAAAGCUGAACUUCUUAUGAUUGAGAUCCAGGAACAAAGAGAGGAUGUGAAUAAAAGGUUAGAGGAGACAAAACAACGAGAGGACGCUUUGAGGCAGAUAAGGGAGGACAUGGAACACGAGAGAGAAGAUCUGGAGAAGAUUCGUGUGGAAACGCUGAGAGGGAAGGACACGUAUGGAGAGGUCAAGGAGGAGAUUAACAGAGUGAGAGCUGAGAUUGAAAGGUUGUGGGAUGAGGCUGAAAAGGGAGAGCAGGAGGAACGUGAGAAGAUGAACAGGGAGAAGGAGGAGAUAAUGAGGAAGAUGGAAGCUAUGAAGAAGGAGAUUGGUGAGAUUGAAGACAUGAAGGUAGAGUUAGGGAAAAAGAAGAAGGACAUUGAUGUAAAGAUGGAAAAGGCAAGGUCAGAAAUGGCUAAACUUGAAAAGAUGAAAGCAGACCUCCAGAGACAGAAAGAAGAUAUUGAGCUUCAGAUGAUGGAGGCAAAGACUGAGAGAUACCAGAUGGAACUGAUGAGGACUGAGAUCUUGAAACAAAAAGAGGAUGUUGAAAAGAAAAUGGAGCUCGCAAAAUCAGAGAUGGACAAAAUGCAACAUGUCAAAAAUGAAAUACAAAGACAAAAAGAAGAGCUGGAGGAAAGGAUGCACAAAACCAAACGAGAGAUUGGAGAAAUGGAGCUGAUGAAGAGAGAAAUGGAAGGGAAGAAGAAAGAACUUGACCAAAGGAUGAAACUGACCAUGAGGAAGAAGGAUGAGAUGGAACGAUUGAAGGUGGAGAUACAAAGGGCUAAAGAUGAGAUGGAAUGGAAAAGAAUGGAAACGGAGAGGCAGAAGUUCGAAAUGGAGCAAGUUAAAGCUGAAAUCCAAAGAGCGAGGGAGGAGUUUGAACUAAGGAUGGAGGAGAAAGAUUUAGAAGAAGAAAAAGGACAGAUGAAUCUCACAAUAAUCAACCUCAUUCAGCAGAUCGAGGUGACAAGAGAAAUGGUGCGCAGAACAAAAUUCCAGAUUGAAAACCGAAUGGCAGGAGGUCAGAUGGAGACAUCAGACCAAGAGGAGAUGAAUGCUGAGAUGCAGAGGCUCAUUCUGGAGAUUGAACACAUUCGGGAAAUGCUGCGAGGUCUUAAGGGUGAGGUGGAACACAACAAGGAAAUGAUGAAAAGAGACAGGGAUGAGAUGAGGCUGUUGAAGAAUGAAGUUCAACGAAGGAGAAGAGAGAUUGAAUACAGAGAAGAAAAGAUUAUGAGAGAGCGAGAUGAACUAGAAGUCAUGAAAAAUAUGAUGCAGCGGCAAAGAGAGGAGCUGGAGGAGAGGCUUGAGGAGACCAUUAAAGAGAAUUAUAGGGUGGAGCAAAUGAGAGAGGAUGUGAAAAACGCUUUGGUGGAGAUAGAACAGGCAAAGGAUGAGAUAAAGAGACAGAAAGAACUCAUCGCUCAAGAAAAGACAGACAAAGAAAAGGUUCAACCAGCCAUUGUUGCAACCAAGAGCCCAGAGUAUGCAAAAACAGAAGAACCAGGUGCCACUGAACGAUUUAUAACGGAAGACUUUGAACUCAGUCGAAGAGAAAUACAGAAAGAAAGACAAGAACUGGAACAAUAUAAAGAAAUAAUUUUAAAAGAGAAACAUGAACUACAGAAGGCAAAGGAGGAUGUGCAAACAGUGAAAAAUGAAGCUGAAGAGAGGAUGAAUAGACUGCAAGAGGAGGAAAAAGAGAUGGAAAAGAAACGAGUGAGUCUACAAAACUGGGAAAGACUACUGCAAUCAGAGAGAGAAGAGAACCAAAGAAGUUUAGAUACAAUUUGUAAAGAGAAACAGGAGCUGAAUCAACAAAAACAAGAACUGGACAGUAUGGAAAUAAAUCUACAAAGAAAGAAAAAUGAAUUGGAAAUAACAAAAAUGAUGGAGAUUAAACAAGUUGAUGUUCAAGUCCAAACUGAUUUGAUGGAUGACACAGGAAAAUAUGAGCUUAUCCUGACCAUGGAGGAGCUGGAUAAAGAGCGACAAGCUCUGGAGAAUUUAAAAGAAGACUUACUUGCACAAAAAAGUACAAUGGAGAGACAACAGGCAGAAAUAAAAUUGAGCGAGGAUGAACUUUCACUCAAAGAAGCCACACUGCAAACUGCAACGAAAACUGCAGCAGACAUGGAGUUACAAUUAGAGCUUCAAAAACAAGAGCUGGAACGAACAAAAGAUGAGCUGGAAAAGACUAAGCUAGAAAUCCAGAAAGGAUGGGAUGACCUGCAGGCUGAGAUUGCAGAAAUCAGAGAAAAAGAAGACAUGGUAAGAACAGAAUUAGAAAAAGCAAGAGAUGUCCUUAAUCACAUUAGACAGGAUAUAGAUAAACAAAAGCAAACCAUGGAGGCUGAUCUAAAAGACACUUUCGCUAGAGAACUAGAGGACAUAGAAGCUCAAAGAAAAAUGAUCAAGGAUGAAAAGCGAACAUUAGAGAACAUGAAAUAUGAGCUGCAAAGAGAAUCUGGUGAUAUUGAGAGGUUAAAACAGAACAUACAGGAAGAAAGACAGAAUAUUAUCCUGACCAAGGAGGAGUUGGAUAAAGAGCGUCAAGCUCUGGAGAAUUUCAAAGAAGGCUUACUUGCACAAAAAAGUACAAUGGAGAGACAACAGGCAGAAAUAAAAUUGAGCGAGGAUGAACUUUCGCUCAAAGAAGCCACACUGCAAACUACAACAAAAACCGCAGCAGACAUGGAGUUACAAUUACAGCUGCAAAAACAGGAGCUUGAACGAACAAAAGAUGAGCUGGAAAAGACUAAGCUAGAAAUCCAGAAAGGAUGGGAUGACCUGCAGGCUGAGAUUGCAGAAAGCCGAGAAAAAGAAGACAUGGUAAGAACAGAAUUAGAAAAAGCAAGAGAUGUCCUAAAUCACAUAAGGCAGGAUAUGGAAAAACAAAAGCAAACCAUGGAGGCUGAUCUAAAAGACACUUUUGCUAGAGAACUAGAGGACAUAGAAGCUCAAAGAAAAAUUAUCAAGGAGGAAAAGAGAACAUUAGAGAAUAUGAAAUAUGAGCUUCAACGAGAAUCUGGCGAUAUUGAGAGGUUAAAACAGGACAUGCAGGAAGAAAGACAGAAUAUGGAGAAAGUGGCAGAGCAGCUUAAGCAAGACAGGAAGGAACUAGAAAAGAAAAUGCAUGACAUGCAACAAAUACAAGGAGAGGUAGCAGGAGAAAAGAAAGAUCUAGAAAACCUGAGAGAGGACAAUGAGCUAACAUUGAAGGAGAUCAAAGCGGAGAGAGACACUCUUGAGAAGAUGAAUAAACUCAUUUCACAACAAAAAGAUGAUAUUGAGAAUGAGAAGGGAAAAAUAAAGAAAAGAGAAAUGGAACUGCAGCAAAUGCAGGCUGAUCUUAACAGACAACAAAAAGACAUGCAGGAUAUGCAGAAUCUAGAUUUCAUGCAAAAAAGUCAACUUCAGAAAAGCCAAGACGAAAUAGCCGAAAAGCUAAAACAGCUGGAUGACAUCAUGCAUUUCACACAAAAUGAAAAAGACAAUCUUGACAGAGAGAGGGCAGCUAUAAUGGAACAGAAGCAGCAGAUGGAGAGCAACAUGACAAAUGCAUUAAACAGAGAACUUGAAACGGUAGAGCUUGUGAAAAAAGAGGUAGUAAAUGAGAAGCGACUUAUUGAGGACUGCAGAAUAACUUUAAUGAGAGAUGCUGAAGAUCUGGAGCAAAAGAAAAUCGAUUUGGAGAGACAGACAGAGGAAAUAAAACUGCAAAGACAGGGUAUCGCAGGAGAAAAACACAAGUUGGAACAGAUUAAAUCUAUGUUACAAAGAGUAGCUGAAGAUACUGAGAAGCUAAGACAAGAUACACUAGCUGAAAGACAGAAAUUUAUAGACACUGCAGCACAACUCCAGAAGGAGAGAGAUGGCAUUAUGAGUCUUGCAGAGGAGACAAAAAGAAAGAGAGAGGACCUGGACCAAAUGCAAGCUGAUAUAGAAAAGCAGAAAAAAGCAUUUGAGAUAUUGAAGGAUGUGAAGGCAGAUCUGCAAAAAGAAGCAGGUGUCAUUGAAAAUCUAAGACAAGCUGUUCAAAAUGAUAUGCAAAAUGUAAAAGACAUGAAAGCCCAAAUUCAAAAAGAAAUACGAUGCACUGAUAGUCUAGUUGAAGAGAUUGAAAAGAGGUCAAAAGCUCUGGAUGAGAUGCAAAUGGAGAUUGAAAAGGAGAAGCAAGACAUUGAUUUUGAGAGAGACGCACUAGAACAGGAAAAGUCUAGGCUUAGAGAUCUAAAAGAUGAAUGUGCUAAGCAAAAAGAACAGAAUGAUAUUAUACUGGCAGAGAUACAGAAAGAAAGAGACAAUCUUGAGCAGAUGAGUGAAACCAUCUCAAAAGAAAAGUGCAUUGUUGAAAGUGAUAAAGAAUGCUUAAGACUGAGAGAAAAUGAACUAAAGCAAAAAGAAGCAGAGAUUGAAAACAAACAAAAACAAAUGGAUGAGUUGAAGAGCAGUUUAAGGAUGGAAAACAUUGAGCAGAUGCAAGCUGAACAAGAACAACAAAGGACAGUUUCACACGAAAAAAUAGAAUAUGUAAAGACUGCAAGAGAUAGAGAAAUGGGAGAUCUGGAUGAAGCGAGACAGGAAAUAGAGAAUUUGAAAGAAAAAUUGAGGAUAGACUAUGAAAAUGUGGAGCUCCAAAAGAAGAAAUUAGCUGAACAACAAGAAUUAUUUGAAAGCCACAUGAAAUCACUGGAAAUUGAUAAGGAAGACAUGGAGAAAAAGAAAGCAAAACUGCAAAAAGAGUUUGAAAACUUUCAGUUUCAGAGGCAGUGUUUUGAGAAAGAGAUGCAUCAGGUGAGAGCUGAGCUUCAGAGAGAAGAUGAAAAUAUUGAGAGAAUGAAGAAAGAGGUGAGGGAUGAAAAACAGAGUAUGAAAGAUAUGGCAGACCAAAUUCAACAUGAUGGAAAUGACAGGGAAGAAGCUCUGGAGAGGAUGCACCUUGAGCUAGAAAAACAAAAGCAAGCCAUUGAGAGUGAAAAAGACAUGCUAGAAAAGCAGAAGUCUGAAGUGGAGAAGAGCAAAACAGAGAUAGCUAGAGCAAAAGAAGAUCUUGCUGAAAUGAGAAAAAAGAACAAUAUUGAUAUGUCAGAGAUGGAGAAGCAGAGAAAUUCUCUUGAACAAAUGAAGAUGAACAUCUCACAAGAGGAACAUGAUAUUAAAAAACAGAAAGACAGUUUAAGACACCAAGAAAAUGAACUGAAUAUACGUAUGUCUCAACUUUAUGCACAACAGAAAGAAACAGAAGAGAUUCAGGAUAUUAUCAUUAAAGAGAAGAGUCAGCUCAAUGAAAGACAGGCUGAAAUGGAAAAGCAAAAGAGAGAAUUAGAUGAUGUGAUGGAUGCACUCAAGAAAGAGAGGACUGAUAUAACAGAGGAAAGACAAAAAGUGAAUGAUAUGCAAAUAGAAGUGAAGAGGGAAAGUGAAACAGUGGAGCUGAUGAGACAAAAAGUUCUCAGAGAUAAAGAAUCUAUUGAAAACAGCAGGAAAAUACUGAAUAGAGAUCUAGAGGAUAUGAAAGAAAAGAGAACCACCUUAGCUGAAGAGUUUCAGACCUUAAACUAUCAUAAACAAACAAUUGACAAAGAAAAGCAGGAAUUGCAAAAGAUGAAAGCUGAGCUCCAACAAGAAACUGAAAAUAUUGCAAAACUAAGGCAAGACAUAGAAAAUGACAGGCAGAACACUGAGGAAAUGGCAAUAAAACUUCAAAAAGAAAAGGAGGAUAUAGAAACUUCUGUUGCCAGGAUCAGAGAAGAGGAAGCAAAUUUACGAAAACAAAAACAAACUUUUAAAUCUGAUCAAGACGCUCUUGAAAAGUUUGACCCGGAGAAAACUAAGACAGAGUUAGCUAGAGCCGAAGAAGAUCUUAAGAACCAACUUGAGUCUCAGAAAAGACUAAAUGAGAUAACAUUGGCUGAGAUACAGAAAGAGAGGGAUGUUCUUGAGCAGUGGAGAAUUAACAUAUCAAAUCAGAGAGAUGAUCUAGAAAAGGAGAGGGAUGAUAUUGAGCGGGAAAGAGCAGAAAUAAUAAAUCAAAAACAGCAAGUGGAGGUAAACUUGAGGGAAGGACUGAAAAAGGAGAGUGAAAAGUUGGAGCUGCUAAGAAAGGAGUUGUAUGAUGAAAAGGAAGAAAUUGACAACAGCAGAAAAAGGAUAAAAGCAGAAAUCGAUGAUUUGGAACAAAUAAAGCUUGAUGUAGUUAAAGGGUUGGAAAAUAAUAAACUUCAGAAACAAAUGAUUGAGGAUGAGAAAGACAAAAUUGAGCAAAUAAAAGCUGAGUUAAAAAGAGAAUCUGAAAAUAUUGAAAAGAUAAAACUAGAGACACAGAAUGAAAGACAGAAGCUUGAGGAAGCAAAAACCCAACUUAAGAAAGAUAGAGACAAUGUUGACAGCCUUGCUGAGGAAAUUAACAAGAAAAAAGUCAGUCUAGAAAACAGGCAUGAGGAAAUAGAAAUGCAAAGGAAAGCAAAUGAGUCUAAUAAACAGAUGCAGGAAAUGGCUUUGCUUGAACUAAAGAAAACUGUGACAGAUAUAGCAAGAGCGAAGGAGGAUCUUGAAAACCAGCUUGUUGAAGAAAGAGAAAAGAACAAGAUCACACUGGCAGAAUUAGAGAAAGAAAGAGACAUGCUUCUUCUACUCAGAGACAAUAUUUCAGAGCAACAGGAGGACAUUGCAAAUGAGAAGGAACAAAUGAGAGUGAGAGAGAUUGAACUUGAACAACAUCAAGCUCUGAUUUAUAGACAGCAAGAUGAAAUGGAAGCCACAAGGAAAGCUCUCACAAUGGAAAAAGAGCAACUUGAAGAGAAGAAAACUGAAAUAGAUCAAGAACAGAGAAAAGUAAAUGAAAUCAUGGAACUCGCAACAGAAGAAAAGGCUAAUCUUGAGAAAGAGAAGUCUGAAAUGAUGGCACAAAAACACCAAUUGGAGAUUGAACUGGAUUUCUUUAAGGUAGAACUGAAUAAUGAAAGAGAAUUAAUUGAGGAAAAGACCCGAAUGUUGAAAGCAAAUGAGGCUGACGUGGACGAAAAAAGAGCAGCUUUAAAAAGAGAGAUAGAAGAGCUCAGAUAUCACAAACUAGCAAUUCAAGAUGAGAAGAAUGAUGUAGAACAGAUGAAGAUUGAGCUGCAAAGAAAGGCUGAUGACAUCAGAAAGCUAAAAGAAGAAACACAAAAUGAAAAACAGGGUUUGGAAAAGAUGGCUGAAGAACUGCAGAAAGAGAGAGAAGAUAUUGUUCAUCUUGCUGAAGAUACAAAGAGAAAGAAUGAGAUCAUGAAUGAAAUGAAAGUUGCAAAUGAGUCUUCACUGGCAGAUCUACAAAGAGAGAAAAACAAUCUUGAGCAAAUGAGAGUGAACAUCUCCAAACAAACAGAUGAUAUUGAAAAUGAGAAAGAGAAAAUAAGACUCAAACAAGAAGAACUAGAGAAACUGCAAACAGAGAUUCAUAAACAACAAAGUGAAAUGGAAAAUGAAAAGAUCAUUAUUGAAAGUGAAAGAGCUGCAAUGAACAGGGAGGUUGGAGAUCUGCAAGAAAAAAUAAUGAAUGUAGAAAGGCAUUCAGAGAGUCUGAAACUUGAGAGAGAAGCUUUUGAGAAUGAGAAAAAAAUUAUGAAACAGAUGAAAACUGACCUGCAAAGAGAAUCACAUGAGAUUGAGAAGAUCAAACUAGAGACAGAACAUGAAAGACAAAGGCUGGAGGAAAUGACCGCUCAACUCCAGAAAGAGAGAGAAGAAGUCAACAAUCUCAUUCAUGAGACAAAAAGAAAAGACAUGGUCUUGGAUGAAAUGAAGACAGAUAUUGAAGAGAAAACUAAAGCCAUUCAAUCUGAUAGAGACAUGCUUGACAAGGAAAAACUUGAUCUGGAGAAAACAAAAAGUGAACUUGCAAGAGCCAAGGAAGAUCUUGAAAAACAAAGAGAAAAGCAAAGAAUCAUACUAGCAGAGAUACAGAAAGAGAGAGACACCCUAGAUGCAAUGAAUGAGAACAUCGCAAGACAAAAACAUGACAUUGAACAUCAAGAGGAACUAAUCAGACAAAAACAACAUGGAUUCGAGCAGAUGCAAACUGAAAUUCAGAGUCUGAAACAGGAACUAGAGAAGAAGAAGGAAGUAGACCUAAAUAUGAUGAUACAACAAGUGCUUGAAGAUGAGAAGAACAAGUUAGAACAGAUGAAGAUUGAGCUGCAAAAAGAAGCUGAUGACAUCAGAAAGCUAAAAGAAGAAACACAAAAUGAAAGGCAGAGUUUGGAAAAAAUGGCUGAAGAACUUCAGAAAGAGAGAGAAGAUAUUGUUCAUCUUGCUGAAGAUACAAAGAGAAAGAAUGAGAUCGUGCAUGAAAUGAAAGUUGCAAAUGAGUCUACAUUCACAGAUCUACAAAGAGAGAAAAACAAUCUAGCGCAAAUGAUAGUGAACAUCUCCAAACAAACAGAUGAUAUUGAAAGAGAAAAAGAGAAAACAAGACUCAAACAAGAUAAACUAGAGCAACUGCAAUCAGAGAUUCAUAAACAACAAUGUGAAAUGGAAAAGGAGAAGAGCAACACUGAAGGUGAAAGAGCUGCAAUGAUCAGGGAAAAACAGGACAUGAUGACUGACCUGAAACAGAAGACUGAAGAUGUUGAGAUCCAGAUGAAGGCAGUAUUGACUGAAAAGGAAUUACUGGAAAAUGACAGACAACUGCUGAAGAGAGACAUGGAAGAUCUGCAACAAAAAGUAAUGGAUCUAGACAGAGAUUCAGAGAGUCUGAAACUCCAGAGAGAAGCUUUUGAGAAUGAGAAAGUAUCGAUGAAACAGAUCAAAACUGACCUGCAAAGCCAAGCACAUGAGAUUGAGAAGAUCAAACUAGAGACAGAACAUGAAAGGCAAAGGCUGGAGGAAAUAACAGCUCAACUCCAAAAAGAGAGAGAGGAAACCAACAAUCUCAAUGAGGAGAUUAAAAGAAAAUACAUGGUCUUGGAAGAAAUGAAGACAGAUAUUGAAGAGAAAACUAAAGCCAUUCAAUCUGAUAGAGACAUGCUUGACAAGGAAAAAGAUGAUCUGGAAAAAACCAAAAGUGAACUUGCAAGAGCCAAGGAAGAUCUUGAAAAACAAAGAGAAAAGCAAAGAAUCAUACUGGCAGAGAUACAGAAAGAGAGAGACACCCUAGAUGAGAUGAAUGAGAACAUCACAAGACAAAAACAUGACAUUGAACAUCAAGAGGAACUAAUCAGACAAAAACAACAUGGAUUCGAGCAGAUGCAAAAUGAAAUUCAGAGUCUGAAACAGGAACUAGACAACGACAGAAACAUUAUAAUAAAGGACAGAAGUCAGCUUGAUCUGAGACAAUCUGAAAUUGACAAACAACAGACAGAAGUGAAUGAGUUUAUGGAAAUAAUGAAGAAUGAGAGAAGACAACUAGAUAAAGAUAAAGAGGAAAUGGAAGAACAGAAAUGGCAAAUGGAGAAAGAAAGACAUGAUGUAGACCAAAGCAGAAAAAAUCUGGAUGAAGACCUAAAGAUGAUGAUACUUCAGAAACAAGUGCUUGAAGAUGAAAAGAACAAGUUAGAACAGAUGAAGAUUGAGCUGCAAAGAGAAGCUGAUGACAUCAGAAAGCUAAAAGAAGAAACACAAAAUGAAAAACAGAGUUUGGAAAAGAUGGCUGAAGAACUUCAGAAAGAGAGAGAAGAUAUUGCUCAUCUUGCUGAAGAUACAAAGAGAAAGAAUGAAAUCUUGGAUGAAAUGAAAGUUGAAAAUGAGUCUUCAGUGGCAGAUCUACAAAGAGAGAAAAACAAUCUUGAGCAAAUGAGAGUGAACAUCUCCAAACAAACAGAUGAUAUUGAAAGAGAAAAAGAGAAAAUAAGACUCAAAAAAGAUGAACUAGAGCAACUGCAAUCAGAGAUCCAUAAACAACAAAGUGCAAUAGAAAAGGAAAAGAGCAACAUUGAAGGUGAAAGAGCUGCAAUGAUAAGGGAAAAACAGGACAUGAUGACUGAACUGAAAGAGAAGUAUGAAGAUGUUGAUAUCCAGAUGAAGGCAGUAUUGACUGAGAAGGAAUUACUGGAAAAUGACAGACAACUGCUGAAGAGAGACAUGGAAGAUCUGCAACAAAAAGUAAAGAAUGUAGACAGAGAUUCAGAAAGUCUGAAACUUGAGAGAGAAUCUUUUGUGAAUGAGAAAGAAUUGAUGAAACAGACGAAAACUGACCUGCAAAGACAAGCACACGAGAUUGAGAAGAUCAAACUAGAGACAGAACAUGAAAGACAAAGGCUGGAGGAAAUAACAGCUCAACUCCAAAAAGAGAGAGAACAAAUCAACAAUCUCAUUGAGGAGACAAAAAUAAAAAACAUGGUCUUGGAUGAAAUGAAGACAGAUAUUGAAGAGAAAACUAAAGCCAUUCAAUCUGAUAGAGACAGGCUUGAGAAGGAAAAACAUGAUCUGGAGAAAACCAAAAGUGAACUUGCAAGAGCCAAGGAAGAUCUUGAAAAACAAAGAGAAAAGCAAAGAAUCAUUCUAGCAGAGAUACAGAAAGAGAGAGACAACCUAGAUGAGAUGAAGGAGAACAUCACAAGACAAAUGCAUGACAUUAAACAUCAAGAGGAACAUAUCAGACAAAAACAACAUGAAUUUGAGCAGAUGCAAACUGAAGUUAAGAAUCAUAAGCAGGAAAUAGACAAGAAGGAAGAAGACCUAAAGAUGAUGACACUUCAGAAACAAAUGCUUGAAGAUGAAAAGAACAAGUUAGAACAGAUGAAGAUUGAGCUGCAAAGAGAAGCUGAUGACAUCAGAAAGCUAAAAGAAGAAACACAAAAUGAAAAACAGAGUUUGGAAAAGAUGGCUGAAGAACUUCAGAAAGAGAGAGAAGAUACUGCUCAUCUUGCUGAAGAUACGAGGAGAAAGAAUGAAAUCCUGGAUGAAAUGAAAGUUGCAAAUGAGUCUUCACUGGCAGAUCUACAAAGAGAGAAAAACAAUCUUGAGCAAAUGAGAGUGAACAUCUCCAAACAAACUGAUGAUAUUGAAAAUGAGAAAGAGAAAAUAAGACUCAAACAAGAAGAACUAGAAAACCUGCAAACAGAGAUUCAUAAACAACAAAGUGAAAUGGAAAAUGAAAAGAUCAUUAUUGAAAGUGAAAGAGCUGCAAUGAACAGGGAGGUUGGAGAUCUGCAAGAAAAAAUAAUGAAUGUAGAAAGGCAUUCAGAGAGUCUGAAACUUGAGAGAGAAGCUUUUGAGAAUGAGAAAAAAUUGAUGAAACAAAUGAAAACUGACCUGCAAAGAGAAUUACGUGAGAUUGAGAAGAUCAAACUAGAGACAGAACAUGAAAGACAAAGGCUGGAGGAAAUGACCGCUCAACUCCAGAAAGAGAGAGAAGAAGUCAACAAUCUCAUUGAUGAGACAAAAAGAAAAGACAUGGUCUUGGAUGAAAUGAAGACAGAUAUUGAAGAGAAAACCAAAGCCAUUCAAUCUGAUAGAGACAUGCUUGACAAGGAAAAACAUGAUCUGGAGAAAACAAAAAGUGAACUUGUAAAAGCCAAGGAAGACUUUGAAAAACAAAGAGAAAAUCAAAUAAUCAUACUAGCAGAGAUACAGAAAGAGAAAGAAACCCUCGAUGAGAUGAAGGAGAACAUCACAAGACAAAAGCAUGACAAUAAACAUCAAGAGGAACAAAUCAGACAAAAACAACAUGAAUUUGAGCAGAUGCAAACUGAAAUUCAGAAUCUGAAACAGGAACUAGACAACGAAAGAUACAUUAUAAUAAAGGACAGAAGUCAGCUUGAUCUGAGACAAUCUGAAAUUGACAAACAACAGACAGAAGUGAAUGAGUUCAUGGAAAUAAUGAGGAAUGAGAAAAGACAACUAGAUACAGAUAAAGAAGAGAUGGAAGAAAAGAAACAGAAAAUGAAGAAAGAAAGAGAUGAUGUAGACCAAAGCAGAAAGAAUCUGGAUGAAGACCUAAAGAUGAUAAUACUUCAGAAAGAAAUGCUUGAAGAUGAGAAGAACAAGUUAGAACAGAUGAAGAUUGAGCUGCAAAGAGAAGCUGAUGACAUCAGAAAGCUAAAAGAAGAAACACAAAAUGAAAAACAGAGUUUGGAAAAGAUGGCUGAAAAACUUCAGAAAGAGAGAGAAGAUAUUGCUCAUCUUGCUGAAGUUAUGAGGAGAAAGAAUGAGAUCCUGGAUGAAAUGAAAGUUGCAAAUGAGUAUUCACUGGCAGAUCUACAAAGAGAGAAAAAUGAUCUUGAGCAAAUGAGAGUGAACAUCUCCAAACAAACAGAUGUUAUUGAAAAGGAAAAAGAGAGAAUAAGACUCAAACAAGCUGAACUAGAGCAACUGCAAUCAGAGAUCCAUAAACAACAAAGUGCAAUAGAAAAGGAAAAGAGCAACAUUGAAGGUGAAAGAGCUGCAAUUAUAAGGGAAAAACAGGACAUGAUGACUGAACUGAAAGAGAAGUAUGAAGAUGUUGAUAUCCAGAUGAAGGCAGUAUUGACUGAGAAGGAAUUACUGGAAAAUGACAGACAACUGCUGAAGAGAGACAUGGAAGAUCUGCAACAAAAAGUAAAGAAUGUAGACAGAGAUUCAGAAAGUCUGAAACUUGAGAGAGAAUCUUUUGUGAAUGAGAAAGAAUUGAUGAAACAGACGAAAACUGACCUGCAAAGACAAGCACACGAGAUUGAGAAGAUCAAACUAGAGACAGAACAUGAAAGACAAAGGCUGGAGGAAAUAACAGCUCAACUCCAAAAAGAGAGAGAACAAAUCAACAAUCUCAUUGAGGAGACAAAAAUAAAAAACAUGGUCUUGGAUGAAAUGAAGACAGAUAUUGAAGAGAAAACUAAAGCCAUUCAAUCUGAUAGAGACAGGCUUGAGAAGGAAAAACAUGAUCUGGAGAAAACCAAAAGUGAACUUGCAAGAGCCAAGGAAGAUCUUGAAAAACAAAGAGAAAAGCAAAGAAUCAUUCUAGCAGAGAUACAGAAAGAGAGAGACAACCUAGAUGAGAUGAAGGAGAACAUCACAAGACAAAUGCAUGACAUUAAACAUCAAGAGGAACAUAUCAGACAAAAACAACAUGAAUUUGAGCAGAUGCAAACUGAAGUUAAGAAUCAGAAGCAGGAAAUAGACAAGAAGGAAGAAGACCUAAAGAUGAUGACACUUCAGAAACAAAUGCUUGAAGAUGAAAAGAACAAGUUAGAACAGAUGAAGAUUGAGCUGCAAAGAGAAGCUGAUGACAUCAGAAAGCUAAAAGAAGAAACACAAAAUGAAAAACAGAGUUUGGAAAAGAUGGCUGAAGAACUUCAGAAAGAGAGAGAAGAUACUGCUCAUCUUGCUGAAGAUACGAGGAGAAAGAAUGAAAUCCUGGAUGAAAUGAAAGUUGCAAAUGAGUCUUCACUGGCAGAUCUACAAAGAGAGAAAAACAAUCUUGAGCAAAUGAGAGUGAACAUCUCCAAACAAACAGAUGAUAUUGAAAAUGAGAAAGAGAAAAUAAGACUCAAACAAGAAGAACUAGAAAACCUGCAAACAGAGAUUCAUAAACAACAAAGUGAAAUGGAAAAUGAAAAGAUCAUUAUUGAAAGUGAAAGAGCUGCAAUGAACAGGGAGGUUGGAGAUCUGCAAGAAAAAAUAAUGAAUGUAGAAAGGCAUUCAGAGAGUCUGAAACUUGAGAGAGAAGCUUUUGAGAAUGAGAAAAAAUUGAUGAAACAAAUGAAAACUGACCUGCAAAGAGAAUUACGUGAGAUUGAGAAGAUCAAACUAGAGACAGAACAUGAAAGACAAAGGCUGGAGGAAAUGACCGCUCAACUCCAGAAAGAGAGAGAAGAAGUCAACAAUCUCAUUGAUGAGACAAAAAGAAAAGACAUGGUCUUGGAUGAAAUGAAGACAGAUAUUGAAGAGAAAACCAAAGCCAUUCAAUCUGAUAGAGACAUGCUUGACAAGGAAAAACAUGAUCUGGAGAAAACAAAAAGUGAACUUGUAAAAGCCAAGGAAGACUUUGAAAAACAAAGAGAAAAUCAAAGAAUCAUACUAGCAGAGAUACAGAAAGAGAAAGAAACCCUCGAUGAGAUGAAGGAGAACAUCACAAGACAAAAGCAUGACAAUAAACAUCAAGAGGAACAAAUCAGACAAAAACAACAUGAAUUUGAGCAGAUGCAAACUGAAAUUCAGAAUCUGAAACAGGAACUAGACAAUGAAAGAUACAUUAUAAUAAAGGACAGAAGUCAGCUUGAUCUGAGACAAUCUGAAAUUGACAAACAACAGACAGAAGUGAAUGAGUUCAUGGAAAUAAUGAGGAAUGAGAAAAGACAACUAGAUACAGAUAAAGAAGAGAUGGAAGAAAAGAAACAGAAAAUGAAGAAAGAAAGAGAUGAUGUAGACCAAAGCAGAAAGAAUCUGGAUGAAGACCUAAAGAUGAUAAUACUUCAGAAACAAAUGCUUGAAGAUGAGAAGAACAAGUUAGAACAGAUGAAGAUUGAGCUGCAAAGAGAAGCUGAUGACAUCAGAAAGCUAAAAGAAGAAACACUAAAUGAAAAACAGAGUUUGGAAAAGAUGGCUGAAAAACUUCAAAAAGAGAGAGAAGAUAUUGCUCAUCUUACUGAAGUUACGAGGAGAAAUAAUGAGAUCCUGGAUGAAAUCAAAGUUGCAAAUGAGUAUUCACUGGCAGAUCUACAAAGAGAGAAAAAUGAUCUUGAGCAAAUGAGAGUGAACAUCUCCAAACAAACAGAUGUUAUUGAAAAGGAAAAAGAGAGAAUAAGACUCAAACAAGCUGAACUAGAGCAACUGCAAUCAGAGAUUCAUAAACAACAAAGAGCAAUAGAAAAGGAAAAGAGCAACAUUGAAGGUGAAAGAGCUGCAAUGAUAAGGGAAAAACAGGACAUGAUGACUGAACUGAAAGAGAAGUAUGAAGAUGUUGAUAUCCAGAUGAAGGCAGUAUUGACUGAGAAGGAUUUACUGGAAAAUGACAGACAACUGCUGAAGAGAGACAUGGAAGAUCUGCAACAAAAAGUAAAGAAUGUAGACAGAGAUUCAGAGAGUCUGAAACUUGAGAGAGAAGCUUUUGAGAAUGAGAAAGAAUUGAUGAAACAGAUCAAAACUGACCUGCAAAGACAAGCACACGAGAUUGAGAAGAUCAAACUAGAGACAGAACAUGAAAGACAAAGGCUGGAGGAAAUGACCGCUCAACUCCAGAAAGAGAGAGAACAAAUCAACAAUCUCAUUGAGGAGACAAAAAUAAAAAACAUGUUCUUGGAUGAAAUGAAGACAGAUAUUGAAGAGAAAACUAAAGCCAUUCAAUCUGAUAGAGACAGGCUUGACAAGGAAAAACAUGAUCUGGAGAAAACCAAAAGUGAAUUUGCAAGAGCCAAGGAAGAUAUUGAAAAACAAAGUGAAAAGCAAAGAAUCAUUCUAGCAGAGAUACAGAAAGAGAGAGACAACCUAGAUGAGAUGAAGGAGAACAUCACAAGACAAAUGCAUGACAUUAAACAUCAAGAGGAACUAAUCAGACAAAAACAACAUGAAUUUGAGCAGAUGCAAACUGAAGUUAAGAAUCAGAAGCAGGAAAUAGACAAGAAGGAAGAAGACCUAAAGAUGUUGACACUUCAGAAACAAAUGCUUGAAGAUGAGAAGAACAAGUUAGAACAGAUGAAGAUUGAGCUGCAAAGAGAAGCUGAUGACAUCAGAAAGCUAAAAGAAGAAACACAAAAUGAAAAACAGGCUUUGGAAAAGAUGGCUGAAGAACUUCAGAAAGAGAGAGAAGAUAUUGUUUAUCUUGCUGAAGAUACAAGGAGAAAGAAUGAAAUCCUGGAUGAAAUGAAAGUUGGAAAUGAGUCUUCACUGGCAGAUCUACAAAGAGAGAAAAACAAUCUUGAGCAAAUGAGAGUGAACAUCUCCAAACAAACUGAUGAUAUUGAAAAUGAGAAAGAGAAAAUAAGACUCAAACAAGAAGAACUAGAGAAACUGCAAACAGAGAUUCAUAAACAACAAUGUGAAAUGGAAAAUGAAAAAAUCAUUAUUGAAAGUGAAAGAGCUGCAAUGAACAGGGAGGUUGGAGAUCUGCAAGAAAAAAUAAUGAAUGUAGAAAGGCAUUCAGAGAGUCUGAAACUUGAGAGAGAAGCUUUUGAGAAUGAGAAAGAAUUGAUGAAACAGAAGAAAACUGACCUGCAAAGAGAAUCACAUGAGAUUGAGAAGAUCAAACUAGAGACAGAACAGGAAAGACAAAGGCUGGAGGAAAUGACCGCUCAACUCCAGAAAGAGAGAGAAGAAGUCAACAAUCUCAUUGAUGAGACAAAAAGAAAAGACAUGAUCUUGGAUGAAAUGAAGACAGAUAUUGAAGAGAAAACCAAAGCCAUUCAAUCUGACAGAGACAUGCUUGACAAGGAAAAACAUGAUCUGGAGAAAACAAAAAGUGAACUUGCAAGAGCCAAGGAAGAUAUUGAAAAACAAAGAGAAAAUCAAAGAAUCAUACUAGCAGAGAUACAGAAAGAGAGAGACAACCUAGAUGAGAUGAAGGAGAACAUCACAAGACAAAUGCAUGACAUUAAACAUCAAGAGGAACAAAUCAGACAAAAACAACAUGAAUUUGAGCAGAUGCAAACUGAAAGUCAAAGUCUGAAACAGGAACUACACAACGAAAGAAACAUUAUAAUAAAGGACAGAAGUCAGCUUGAUCUGAGACAAUCUGAAAUUGACAAACAACAGACAGAAGUGAAUGAGUUUAUGGAAAUAAUGAAGAAUGAGAGAAGACAACUAGAUAAAGAUAAAGAAGAGAUGGAAGAACAAAAACAGCAAAUGAAGAAAGAAAGAGAUGAUGUAGACCAAAGCAGAAAGAAUCUGGAUGAAGACCUAAAGAUAAUAAUACUUCAGAAACAAAUGCUUGAAGAUGAGAAGAACAAGUUAGAACAGAUGAAGACUGAGCUGCAAAGAGAAGCUGAUGACAUCAGAAAGCUAAAAGAAGAAACACUAAAUGAAAGGCAGAGUUUGGAAAAGAUGGCUGAAAAUCUAGAGCAACUGCAAUCAGAGAUUCAUAAACAACAAUGUGAAAUAGAAAAGGAGAAGAGCAACAUUGAAGGAGAAAGAGCUGUAAUGAUCAGGGAAAAACAGGACAUGAUGACUGAACUGAAAAAGAAGUCUGAAGAUGUUGAGAUCCAGAUGAAGGCAGUAUUGACUGAAAAGGAAUUACUGGAAAAUGACAGACAACUGCUGAAGAGAGACAUGGAAGAUCUGCAACAAAAAGUAAUGAAUGUAGACAGAGAUUCAGAGAGUCUGAAACAUGAGAGAGAAGCUUUUGAGAAUGAGAAAGAAUUGAUGAAACAGAUGAAAACUGACCUGCAAAGACAAGCACAUGAGAUUGAGAAGAUCAAACUAGAGACAGAACAUGAAAGACAAAGUCUGGAGGAAAUAACAGCUCAACUCCAGAAAGAGAGAGAACACAUCAACAAUCUUAUUGAGGAAGUUAAAAAGAAGAGAGUUAUUCUGGAUGAAACUUAUGCUGAAAUACAUAGGGAACAAGAAAUAAUUGAGAGUGACAAAAACUUGAUUAAAAGGGAACAGUCUGACCUAGAGAAAACCAAAGCUGAGAUUUCUCGAACCAAGGAAGAUCUUGACAAACAGAUUUCUGAACAAAAAACAAACAUUCAGAUCACACUGGUAGAGAUACAACAAGAGAGAAACACUCUUGAGCAGAUGAGUGAGAAAAUAUUAAGGGAAAGAAUUAAACUUGAAAAUGAAAAGGAAGAGUUAAGAACAGGAAAGCAAGAGCUUGAAAGAAUGUGGGCAGACACUGAAAGACAACAUGAAUAUAUAGAUCACCCAAAGUUUGGCGUAACUGAAGAGAGUCUGCUUGAGAAGUCAGAGGCUGAAAUGGUUCUUCAACAGAGUGACACAGAUGUAGUCAAGCCUGUAACAGAAAAAGAAAUGUCAGAUCCAAAUAUACAAAGUGUCUUGAUGGAGCAGAUGCUGGGACUGGACUUGAGAGAUGCAUUAGAAACAGAUAUUGAGAGCCAAAAGUCAGGCUUAACUGUAGCUGUGGAUGAGAUGAAGUCAGAGAAGAAGUUUAUUGAAAAUGAAAGGGACAAGCUGGAACAAAUGAAAGCUGAACUGCAAAGAGAAGCUGAAGACAUUGAAACUAAAAAGCAGGACAUGCAGAAUGAAAGGAAAAAGCUAGAAGAAAUGGCAGCUCAACUUCAGGAAGAGAGAAGACGUAUUGAACGUUUUAAUGAGGAGAUUAAUGUUCAGAAAUUCAAUCAAGAAAAACAAUCCAAAGAAUAUGAAUUGGAAAAGUCUGAUUUAGAGAAUAUCAAAACAGAAAUUGCUAAAGCCAACAAACAUCUUGCAGAACAGCAUGAAAAAAAUAAAAUGACUUUAGCAGAGAUGCAAAGAGAAAGGCUCACUCUUGAAGAAAUGAGGGUGAACAUCUCAAAACAAGUGGAGACUAUUGAAAAUGAGAAUGAAAGUCUUUCUCGCAGAGAAAAUGAACUUGCGCAGCUGCAGGAAGACAUUUUAAAACAACAACAUGAAAUGGAUGAAGUGAAGAACACCAUAAUGAUGGAAAUGAGUCAGCUGGACCAGAGACAAACUGACAUUGAUCAAUUACAGCGAGAGGUUGAUGAUCUAAUGGAAUUCACAAAGACAGAAAUGACCAACCUAGAAAAAGAAAGAGUGGAAAUGAUGGCACAGAAGAGAAAUUUAGAGAGGGAUAUGGUUAGUCUAAAGAUAGAGAAAGAGACCUGUGAACAAAUCAGACUACAGUUACUUGAGGAAAAAGAUCUGGUUAUAAAAGACAGAGAGCUGUUGACCAAAGAUUUGGAUCAUAUGGAGAGACAGAAAACGUAUAUGGAGAGAGAAUUAAAGAAUCUCAAAGUUGAGAAACAAAGCAUUGAAAAUGAGAAAGAGGAACUAGAGAAGAUGAAAACUGACCUUCAAAGACAAACUGAAGACUUAGAGAAACUAUCUGAAAAGACAAACAACGAAAGACAGAGGCAGGAGGAGAUGGCAGUCCAAUUUAAAAGACAAUUCGACAUCAGUGCUCCUCCUACUGACAACCAACUAAUGAAAGAGCUCUUAGAUGAGACAGAGAAGCAAAGAAAAGAAAUUCAGUCUGCCAAAGACUUGCUUCAAGAAGAAAUAUUUGAGCUGGAGAAAACCAAGACAGAGAUAAGCCAAGCCAGGGAAGAACUAGAUAGACAAAGAACUGACUUAAAGAGAGAGAAAGACAUUCUUAAGCAGGUGCAUACAAAUAACUUGAGACAAAUGGCCCAUAUUGAAGAUGAGAAGGAAAGAAUACAACACAAAGAGAAUGAACUAGAUCAAAUGAGAGCAGAACUUCAAAAUAAACAAACAGAAAUAGAUGACAUGAAAAACAACAUUAUUAAAGAAAAGGCUAAUAUGGAGAAUCUGGAACAAAAGAGAGCUGAGUUGGCUAGAGACCUCCAAAUUCAGAGAAAAGCUUUUGAAAAUGAGCAAGAUGAGCUGCAAAAGAAGAGAGAGGAUAUUGAGAAGUUAAAGCUACAAGUUCAGAAAGAAGGGCAGAUGGCUGCAGAAGAGUUAGAAAAAGAGAGGCAACAAUUUGCUAAGGAGACCAAAAUGAAAAAUGACACCCUGGAUGAAAUGCAAGCUGAAACAGAAAGACAGAAACAAGCUGUUGCUGUAGAGAUAGAGAUGAUUGCAAAGGAAAGGAUGGAUCUGAAGAAAACCAUGGAAGAAAUCAAAAGACAAUCCGAGGAGAGUAAGAUCACACGGGCAGACCUGCAGAAAGACAGAGAUAGUCUUGAUCUAAUGAGGAUGGAGAUCUUAAGGCAAAAACAUGACCUAGAGAGAGAAAGAGAUGAACUGUUAGAACAGUGGCACCUGAUGGAGACACAAAAGAAGGACAUAGAAAAUGUGGAACAGCUGAGGCAAGAGCUUUUGGAUGAGAAGGCACUGACUGAGAAAAGCAGAAAGCAGCUGAACCAAGACAUAGAUGAUAUGGAACUAAAUAAAUCAAAUCUGCAUAAAGAAUUAGAGGAAAUAAAAUUCCAAAAACAGGAUAUUCAAGAUGAAAGAGCUCAACUAGAGCGAAUGAAAGCAGAGCUCCAAACGAAAGCGGAGGAUAUAGACAAGUUAAUGCAAGAGAUACUGAGUGAAAAAGAAAAAGAUGUACAGAAAAAGUCUGAAGAGAGCAAGAUAAGAACAGACCUUGAUAAAGCAAAUACUGAGAUACAGAAGCAAAAGGAAGAGAUGGAAAUUUAUGCUGAGAAUCUAGAAAAAUGUAGGCUUGAACUAGAUGAAGCAAGGGCUGAAGUAGAGAGAAUUAAAGAGAAUGCUGAAAGACAGGCAUCACAACAGAUGAAGGAACAUUUGCAAAAAGAAAGAGACAAUAUUGAGGAUAUCAGAAGGAACCUGCUUAAAAAGGAAGAGGCCAUUGAAAAGAACAAGACAGAAAUAAGACUGAGAUAUCAAGAAAUAGAGCUAAUCCAAGCAGAAGUAGUAAAACAGAAAGAAGAGAUAACUAAAUCAGAGCAAGAAAUACAAGAACAGCAAAAGAAACUACAGAUGACAGAAGAGGAAUGGAGUGUACGAAUGGGAAAGUUGCAAGACGAGAUAAACAAAAACAAUGCCAUUAAAUCUGAGAUAGCAAAAGAAAGAGAAGGAAAUGAUGAAAUGUUAAGAGAGCUUAAGAGAGAAAUGGAGAAAUAUGAGGAGAUCAAAUCAAAUAUUAUGAUCCAAAAAGAGGAGUUUGAGACUAAAAGGCAGUCAGAAGUAGAGGAGCUCAUUAGUAUGAGAACUGAAAUACUAAAACAGAAAGAGGAAUUAGAGGACAAGAUGCAAAAGACUAAACAUGAGAUGAAAGAACUGAAGCUUCUUCAGGAUGAAACUGAUGGCAAGAGGAAAGAUCUUGAUCACAAGAUGAGACAGGUAGCAAGAAAAAGAGAUGAGUUGGAGAAAAUGAGGGCUGCUACUGAAAGUGCAAAUGAGAAACUCGAAAUGGACAGGGUCAUGUUAAGUAUAGAGCGUGAUGAGAUGGAGCAAAUGAAAGCUGAGAUACGAAGAGCAGGAGAGGAACUACAAUCUCAUGUGGAAGGAGGAGGUGGAGACAUGGAAGAGAAAGAACAUAUGGACACCAAGAUUCAGAGGCUUAUUCAAGAAGCUGAAAAUACUAGGGAAACGGCUUGGAGAACAAAACAUGACCUGGAAAGUGGCAUGCAGAGAGAUGUUAAUGUUGAAGUAGAUUCAGAGGAUAGACAGGAAAUGAAUGCUAACAUGCAGAGGCUGAUCCAGGAAAUUGAGCAUGUUAGAGAGGUUCUCAGAAGAAUGAAAGGAGAAGUCAAGGCUGCUAGAAAAGAAAGAUUUGAACUGGAGAACAUGAGGCUGGAAAUUGAAGCCAUGAAACAGAACAUAAAAGAAACUUAUGAGCAGCAGAACAGUGAGAUACAAAAAGAGAAACAGCAAAUAGAGAGUAACAAAGGCUGGUUGAGCAAAGAGAGGAGUAAUCUUGCGCAAAUCAGAGCUGAUUUGGAGAGACAAAAACAAGAAAUGGCAUUGGACAAGCAAAAACUUAUUGAAGAAAAUGAACUGCUGGAGAAAGAAAAGGUUGACAUGAAGAACAAAUUGGAGAUCCUCGAAAGCCUUUUAGAGGAGACAACUAGAGAAAGAGCAGUUAAACCUAAAGGGAAAAAGAAAGGAAUGAGGAGAGAUUCAGAGGAAUUAAGAGAGAAAAUGGAAGCAUUAAGCAUGGAUGACAUACAAGAAGAGAGUGAGAGUGAGAGUGAGCCAGGCGAAGUUAAGAGACAAAUAGACAAACUGACAGAGUUGAAGACUGAACUUCAUCAACAGCAGGCAGAACUUGAGAAAACUAAAGCAGACUUAAAAUAUCAGAUGGACGAGCUAGAAAACAUGAGGUCUGAGAUAUUAAGACUUGAAAAGGACACUGUGAGUAAAACGAGAGAGGUGGAGCUGAUGGAUAUACAGCAACAGAGAGAAGACCUAGAAAAAAAGAUUCAGAAUAUGAGACAUGAGAAGGGAGAACUGGAAGUCUUGAGGUCUGAGAUAGUCCUGGAAAAGAGAGAACUGGACCAGAGGUUGAGACAAGUGAUGAGAAAGAGGGAUGAGAUAGAGAAAAUGAAGACUGACAUAGCAAAGGCCAGAGAGGAGAUCAACAGAGAGAGGCAGGAGCUGGAAAUACUCAGGAAUGAUGUUCAAAGCGCAAGAGAGGAUUUUGAACUAUUGGUGGAGAGAACUGAGAAUCUAGAAGAUGGAGAAAAUACCAAUGCUGACAUCCAAAGUUUGAUUUUAGAGGUUGUGAAAAUCAGGGAAAUGGUGAGAAAUCUGAAAGUUGAUAUGGAGAGCAGGAUGGAUGAAGGUAAGGCAGAGAAAGAUGAAAAGGAAAACUUUAAGUCUGAGAUCCAGAGGCUCAUUCAAGAUAUUGGACAAAUACGGGAAAAUCUAGGAAGCCUAAGAGUAGAAAUAGAAACCACCAGAAGAGACAAGAAUGAAUUGGAGAAGCUGAGGGCAGAACUUGUAGAGAAGCAACAGGAUGAAGAAAGUGUGAGAGAAAUGAUGCGGAAAGAAAGAGAAGAACUGGAACAGCUGAAGGAUGAGAUAAACAGAGAAAAGGAGGAUGUGGAGACCAAGAGAGAGCUGGUUGAGGCAGAAAUAGCUACAGACAGAAUGGAAGAGAUUAAGGACACAAGGAAGAACAAGCAAGAACUGGAAAGGGUUACCGAGGAACUCUUGAGAAACGAGAGUAAUCUGGAAGAGCUCAACAGAGAUAUACGAAACCUGAGGCAAACCAUUGAAGAAAUGAAAACACUGCAUGAAAAGAAAAAUGCUGAACUAGAAGUCAUUACUUCUGAGGUAAAGAGGAGACAGCAGAUACUGGAGAAGCAAAAACAUGAGCUGGAGGAGAAUGGUUGGAUUCUUAAAGAAAUAGAGAAGAAUAAAGAUGCACUUGAAAAGAUCAAUAUGGAAAUACUGAGAAAGAGAGAAGUUAUAGAAAAAGAAAAUGACAAUUUAAGGCAAGAGAAGCAAGAAUUUGAGCUCUUCAGAGGGGAACUACAAAGACAGAGAGAUGAUGUUGAAUCUUCAAGACAAGCUUUGGUCAUGGAGAAGGAUCGGUUAGAAGACGAAAAAGUUAAAAUCAAUCAACAAAAGCAUGAAAUGAGUGCUGCCAUGAGGGCCAAUGAGAUGGAAUGGAAAAAUCUAGAAAAGAUGAGUAGUGAACUAGAAAAUCAGAGGGCUAAAUUCGUUGAAAACCUCCGUGAUGCCACAAAAAUGGAAGAUAAACUACAAGAGAUGAUGAGUGAACUAAACAAAGAAAAAGAGCAAGUGGAAGAAAUGAAGCACAUGGUCAGCACAGAGAGAGAUUUGAUUGAACGAGAGAAAGAAGAUGUAAGAAAACAGACUCAACAGCUUGAAGAUGGCCACGCUGAGCUUCAGAAGAAGUCAGAGAUCACUGACAAACUGAUUCAGGAAGCAAACCAUGAAAGAGAUAGAUUAACAGACCUCAGUCUAAAACUUAAAUUGCAAAAAGACGAUAUACAGAAAAUCAUCACAGAAAUGGAGACCACAAAGAAAGAUCUCAACAUAAUGAGUGCAGAACUUCAAGAUGACAAGAUACAACUGAAAAAUGACAGGGAUGCUUAUGAAAGUGAAAUGACACAUUUGCAGCUUAAGAUGGAAGAAUUAGUGAGAGAAACAGAGGACCUGGAGAGAAAAACCUUACAGCAGAAAGAACAAGAUGAGAUAGCAAAACAAGAGAUUCAAAACCAGAGAGAGUCUCUAGAGCAAAUUAAGAUGGACAUUCUAAAGGAAAAGGGUGAUAUUGACAAAGAAAAGGAAACUGUACAUUCAGAAAGACAGAAACUGGUUACACUUGAAGGAGAAUUGCGAAGAAAGGAAAGUGAGCUUGAAAACAAAGAGCAAACUUUUAUGAAAGAGCAGCAGCAGCUGAAACAAACUCAAGAUGAAAUCUUGGAGAUUAAAAGUAAUAUGGAAAGAAAGCAGGGUGAAAUUGAUGAGAAGAGACUGCAGAUAAUGGAAAUGGGUGAAACAAUAAAGAGAGAACGCAAUGAAUACAGAAAGAUGAUUGAAGAAGUACAGAAAGAAAAAGAGCAAAUUGAAAUCAGCAAAACGUGGAUGGAUCAAGAGAGAAAAGAUGUUGAAAAUAUGAAAAAUGAUCUGGAGAAACAACUACAAAAUUUAAGACAUGAAAAAAUAAAUGUACAAGACGAGAAGAAUGUGCUCGAACAGAUAAGGGCAGAAUCCAAGGAGAUCCAAAAUGUUAUCAAAAAGGAGAGGGAGGAUCAAGAGAAAUGUUGGUUGGAGAUUGAGGGGGAAAAGCAAAGAGUGGAUGAAGAAAUCAGUCAAUUAGAGAGACAGAGGGAAGAAACUGAUAAACUCCACAGUGAGUUACAAAAAACUAGAGAGGACAUUGAAAGUAGCAAAGAAAAGAUUGAUAAAGAAAUGGAAGAAUUAUCACAAAUGAGGGUUGAAUUGGACAGAAGAAAAGAAGAAAUUGAAAAGGAUAAUCAAAAACUUCAAGAUGCUAAAUCUGACCUCGAAAAAACUAAAGCUGAGAUACAGAGACAGACAGACAAAAUGAAAGAUAUAAUAGACACUAACCUAAAGGAGAAAGAAAGAGAAAUGAAAAUCCAAAUAGAUAAAGACAGAGAAGAAAUUAAACGUUUGUCUGAAGAGACUGAAUUGAAAAUGAGGGACCUUGAUAUGAUGAUGAAGGAGAUGGAGAGACAAAGGCAAGAAACUGAGAAAACAAAAGUCAUGCUUGAAAAGGAAAAGACAGAAAUCGACAAAGAAAAGAAUGACCUGGAAAACCAAAUGAUGGAUCAGACUGAGGAGAUACAAAAGGAAAGGCUGGCCCUUAAGGAAAUGAAGGAUGAACUUCUUUGUGAAAAACAAGAAAUGGAGGAAGAGAGGAAUAACUUGAUGACUUUCAGAAACAAACUAGAAAUUUUAAGAGCAGAGAUAAAGAACCAGCAGAAUGAAAAUGAGAUUGUGAAGAAAAAGCUUCUUUUGGAACAAUCAAACACUGAGGAAAGGCAGGUUGAGGUUCUCAACCAGCAGCGACAAAAUGAUCAAACCAAGGAGGAAAAUAAGAAAGAGAGAGAAAAUCUGGAACAACAGAGGUUUGAACUUGAACAGCAGAAACAGAUGUUGGAGCUUAGCAUCAUAAAAAUGACGGAGGAAAAGCAAGAGCUUGCUAAUUUAGCAAAAGAACUACAGAAAGCCAAAGAAGAAAUGGAAAACAUAAAAUACAUGACCAACAAAGAAAGAGACAAGAUUGAACAAAUGCAAGAUGAGAUACGCAGUCAGAUUCAGUCAACUGAACUACAAAGGCAAAUCAUCCAAGACAAGCAAAAAGCUCUUGAGGAAAAAGAGCUAAUAAUACAGAGAAAGGAAGAGGAAUUACAGAGGAGAAACAUGGAAUUAGAUGGAAUCGCUGCUCAGCUUCAGACUAAACAAGAACAUUUAAAUAAUGUUCUUGAGGAAACCAAUAACAGACAACAUGCCCUUGAAGUGAUGCAGGUUGAUAUAGAAUUGCAUAAACAAAAAAAUAAUAAGGACUUUGAGUUGCUUGAGAAGAUCCGGCAAGAAAUAGACAAUGAAAAGUUAGAAAUGAAGCAGAAAAAAGAAGAGGUUGAAUCCCAAUUAGAAGAGCUAGAGAAAGAGAGAGAAAGACUGAAACAGACUGAGAGAGAGCUUUGCACUGAGAGAGAACAAACUGAGAAAUGUAAAGCUGAUAUAAACAAGAUAAAUGAUGAAAUAGUGUCCAUGAGACAAACAGUGAUAAUGGAGAAGACUGAAUUGGAGCAGAGAGAGAAAUAUAUUACUGAGCAGCAGGAAAGACUGGAUCAAAGUGUAAGAGAAAUGAAGGAAGAAAGACGUGAAAUGGAUAAGAUGAGGAUUGAACUAGAAGCUCAGAGACAACAGAUGGAAGAGGACAUGAGGAUAAAUGCAAAGCAGGAAAGAGAACUUGCACAACUAAGAGAUGAAAUACAAAGAGAAAAACAAGACAUUGGUGAAAACAGGCAUAUGACUAACAAAUUAAUGAAAGAUCUGGAAAUUAUGAAAGCCAAGCUGGUGGAACAACAAGAAGAGAUCCAAACUGAAGCAGAAAAACUGCAAGAGGAGAGAAAACUGGUUUACCAGACAAAAUCUGAGGUGCAGAAUGAUGCUGAAAAUCUGACGAACAUCUUAGAAGAGAUCAGAAGAGAGCGAGAAAAACUGGAAAUAAGGGAAGCCCAACUUAAAGUAAUGAAGGAGCAGUGUGACAAUACCAUGGAAGAAAAUAAGAGGAAGAAGAGUGAACUGGAAAAGACUGUUGAUGACCUAGCAGAGCAAAAUCAAAAGAUUGAGAUUAAGAAAGAUCUUCUGGAAAAAGAGAGAAAAUGCAUUGAAAUAGAAAGAGAGGAUUUACAGAGACAAGCUGAUGACCUGAAGCUGCAAAUGUCAAAACACAGAGAAAGGGAAGAAAUGAAUACAAGAUCAAUGGAUGAUGAGAAGAAGCUUCUUGAGCAGAAGGCUGACGAAAUCCUGAGACAGAGAGAUGAAUUAGAGAAAGAAAAAGAGGACAUGUUGAAGAAGUGGAAAGAACUGGAGGUUCUUCAGAAGGAAAUAGAAAAACAAAGAGAUGAAAUAGAAGAAAUCAAAUGUGAGUUACAGACUGAAAAGACUAAAAUGAAUCAACAGAAACACAGACUAGAGGAGAGUUUAAGAGCCAUGAAUGAGGAGAGGAAAGAUCUGGAGAACAUGCGGAAUGAAUCUGAAAUGCACAGACAACAAAUAGAGGAAGAUAUGAGAGUAAAAGCAAAGAUGGAGAGAGAAGAACUUGAUCAGAUAAAGGUUGAACUGGAAGGAGAGAAAACAAAAAUAAAUCAUGAGCAGAAAAAAAUGGAUGAUGACAGAAAGAUGAUUGAACAGGAAAGAAAUGACCUGGAGAAGAUGAUGUCUGAUAUAAUGACACAAAGAGAACAAAUGAAAGAAAAGAGAUCAGAAAUUGAUCUAGAAAAAUGUGACAUCGACAAGAGCAAAGAAAUUUUACAGAAAGUAAUGGAUGAGGUGGAGGAACAGAGAAAUGGUAUUAAUCUCCAGAAAGAAGAACUUAGCCUUGAAAGACAAAAGAUCACAGAUGAAAAAGAUCUUCUGGCUCAAGUAAAGACUGAACUGCAAAAUGAAAGUGAACGAAUCAGAUACAUGGAGGAGGAAAUAAAGAAGAAGAGAGAGACACUGAAGGAAAUGGAAGCUUAUCUACAAAAGGACAAAGAAGAAAUUGAGAGUGUCAUUGAAGAAACAAGGAGACAAAAAGAGGAUCUGGGAAAAAUGAGCAAAGAUAUAAAUGAACAAAAACAAGAGCUGGGGAAAUACAGAGACCUUCUAGAACAAGAAAGAGAAGAAAUAAAUCAGAGAUGGACACAGUUACAACAGAGAAUUGAUGAAUUUGAUGCUCAAGUCAGAAAACAAAAGGAAGAGGAUAUAACAGAACAGAAGAAGAUGCAAGAAGAAAGAAAAAGUCUAAAAGAGACCAAAGCCGAGAUCCUGGAGCUGAAGAUUAAAGUUGAGCAGGAACAUCAUGAUAUAAACCAAAAAACACAAGAGUUAAACACACUGCAAGAACAGAUUAUGAAAGAAAAAGAGCAACUACAAGAAAGCAGGAACAAGGUUUUGAGUGAAACAGCCACUCUUGAGAUGAGAGCUGUUGAGAUAAACAAACAACAACAAACACUGGAAGAGAAUCUGAGAGAGAUGAGACAUGAGAGAAAUGACCUUGAUAUGAUGCAAAAGGAACUGUCUCAAAGACAUCAAAUGGAAGAGGAGGUGAAGAUCAAAACUAGUGAAUUAAAUCAAGAAAAUGAAAGAAACAAGAGCAUGAUAAAUAAACUAAGAGAAGAGAUGGACAUGAUGAAAGCUAAGCUAGCUGUACAGCAAGAAUAUAUGCAAGUUGAAAAAGAAAAACUAAAAGAAGAGAGAAAAGAGUUUGAGCAGUCAAAGACUGAGAUUGAGAGAGAGAAACAAGAACUCAAUAAAAAUAAAGACAUUAUGAAUUCACUAAAAGAAGAAUUUAACCUGGAAAAGAAGAGGAUGAAUGAUGAGAAGAAAGAGAUUGAUGUGAACAACAAGAAGGUUCAAUUACAGAUACAGACAGACAAAGAGAUGAUUGCUAAAAUGAAGGCCCAACUCCAAAAUGAGAAAGAUGAACUUGACCAAAUCAGAGAAGAAAUGAGAAGGAAGAGUGAAGAAAUGGAGAAAGAAUGGGCAGCAAUGGAAGCAGAAAGACAAACUCUGCAACAAAACAGCAAUGAAAUCUUCAGACAAAGGGAAGAUACUGAGAAGGAGAAAGAUAAAAUCUGGAAAAAGAAAGAUGAACUGGAUCAACUGUAUUCAGAAAUCCUGAAACAGAGAGUUGAAAAUGAACAAAUGAUUAUGACAGAGAAAUCUCUGCUUGAAAUGUUAAAAACUGAGUUAGAUCAUAAGCAGCAGAAGAUGGAGAAUGACAUAAAAGUUACUGAACAGAAAAGAAAAGACCUGGAGAAGAUUAAUUCUGAAAUGAUGAUGCAAAAAAUACAAAUGGAGAAAGAUACAGAGGAAAUCAAGGCAGAGAGAGUAGAACUGAUCCAGAAAAUACAAGAGAUUGGUUUAGAAAAGGAUGAAAUUGAAAAGAACAAAGAAAUAGUUAAAAAACUAUUUAAUGAGGUGGAGGAACAGAGAAAUGAUCUAAAACUCCAAAAAGAGGAAACUAAACUUGAGAGACAAAAGAUCACUGAUGAAAAAGAUUUUCUGGCUCAAAGAAAGAAUGAACUGCAAAAUGAGAGUGAACGAAUCAGAUUCAUGGAGAAGGAAAUAAAGAAGGAGAGAGAAACACUGAAGGAAAUAGAAGCUCAUCUACAAAAGGACAAAGAAGAAAUUGAGAGUGUCAUUGAAGAAACAAAGAGACAAAAAGAAGAUCUAGAAAACAUGAACAUGGAUUUAAAUGAACAAAAACAAGAGCUCAAGAACUGCAGAGACCUUCUAGAACAAGAAAGAGAAGAAAUAAAUCAGAGAUGGACACAGUUACAACAGAGAAUUGACGAAUUUGAUGCUCAAGUCAAAAAACAGAAGGAAGAGGAUAUAAGAGAACAGAAGAAGAUGGAAGAAGAAAGAAAAAAUCUCGAAGAAACCAAAGCUGAGAUCCUGGAACUGAAGACUAAAGUUGAGCAGGAAAAUCAUGAUAUAAACCUAAAAACACAAGAGAUAAACACACUGCAAGAACAGAUUAUGAAAGAAAGAGAGAAAGGCAAAGAAAUUAAAGUAAAAGCAAAGAUGGAGAGAGAAGAACUUGAUCAGAUAAAGAGUGAACUGGAGAGAGAAAAAACUGAAAUGGAUCAUGAGCAGAAGAAAAUGGAUGAUGACAGGAAGAUGAUUGAACAGGAAAGAAAAGACCUGGAGAAGAUGAGGUCUGAAAUAAUGACACAAAGACUGCAGAUGGAAGAAGACAUGAGAGAGGCAAUCCAACUAGAGAGAUCAGCACUUGACCAGAAAACACAAGAGAUUGAUCUAGAAAAGGACAAAAAUGAAAAGAACAAAGAAAUAAUUCAAAAUUUAAUGGAUGAGGUGGAGGAACUGAGACAUGAUAUUAAAAUCCAGAAAGAAGAACUUGAACUUGAGAAACAAAAGAUCACUGAUGAAAAAGAUCUUCUGGCCCAAAGAAAGACUGAACUGCAAAAAGAGAGUGAACGAAUCCUAUUCAUGGAGGAGGAAAUGAAGAAGGAGAGAGAAACACUGAAGGAAAUGGAAGCUCAUCUACAAAAGGACAAAGAAGAAAUUAAGAGCGUCAUUGAUGAAACAAAGAGACGAAAAGAAGAUCUGGAAAAGAUGAGCACAGAUAUAAAUGAACAAAAACAAGAGUUGAAGAACUGCAGAGACCUUCUAGAACAAGAAAGAGAAGAAAUAAAUCAUAAAUGGACACAAUUACAACAGAGAAUUGAUGAAUUUGAUGCUCAAGUCACAAGACAAAAGGAAGAGGAUAUAACAGAACAGACGACGAUGGAAGAAAGAAAAGGUCUAGAAGAGACCAAAGCUGAGAUCCUGGAGUUAAAGACUAAAGAAGAAAUGAGAGUAAAAGCAAAGAUGGAGAGAGAAGAGCUUGAUCAGAUAAAGAGUGAAGUAGACAGAGAAAUAACUGAAGUAGAUCAUGAGCAGAAGAACAUGGAUGAUGACAGGAAGAUGAUUGAACAGGAAAGAAAAGACCUGGAGAAGAUGAGGUCUGAAAUAACGACACAAAGACAGCAAAUGGAAGACAUGAGAAAGGCAAUCCAACUAGAAAGAUCAGCACUUGACCAGAAAAUAAAAGAAAAUGAUUUAGAAAAAUGUGACAUUGAGAAGAGCAAAGAAAAUGUACAGAAAUUAAUGGAUGAGGUGGAAGAACAGAGAAAUGAUAUUAAAAUCCAGAAAGAGGAACUUGAAUGUGACAAACAAAAGAUCACUGAUGAAAAAGAUAUUCUGGCUCAAAGAAAGAAUGAACUGCAAAAUGAAAGUAAACGAAUCAGACACAUGGAGGAGGAAAUGAAGAAAGAGAGAGAAACACUGAAGGAAAUGGAAGCUCAUCUACAAAAGGACAAAGAAGAAAUUAAGAGUGUCAUUGAAGAAACAAAGAGGCAAAAAGAGGAUCUGGAAAAGAUGAGCACAGACACAAAUAAACAAAAACAAGAGUUGAAUAAAUACAGAGACCUUCUAGAACAAGAAAGAGAAGAAAUAAAUCAGAGAUGGACACAGUUACAACAGAGAAUUGAUGAAUUUGAUGCUCAAGUCAGAAAACAGAAGGACGAGGAUAUAACAGAACAGAAGAAGAUGCAAGAAGAAAGAAAAAGUCUAGAAGAGACCAAAGCUGAGAUCUUGGAGCUAAAGACUAAAGCUGAGCAGGAACAUCAUGAUAUAAACCUAAAAACACAAGAGUUAAACACACUGCAAGAACAGAUUAUGAAAGAAAGAGAGAAAGAAGAAAUGACAGUAAAAGCAAAUAUGGAGAGAGAAGAACUUGAUCAGAUAAAGAGUGAAUUAAAGAGAGAGAAAACUGAAAUAGAUCAUGAGCAGAAGAAAAUGGAUGAUGACAGGAAGGUGAUUAAACAGGAAAGAAAAGAACUGGAGAAGAUGAGGUCUGAAAUAAUGACACAAAGACAGCAGAUGGAAGAAGAAAGAUCUGAACUUGACAACAAAACAAAAGAGACUGAUUUAGAAAAAUGUGACAUUGAGAAGAGCAAAGAAAUUGUAGAGAAAUUGAUGGAUGAGGUGGAAAAACAAAGAAAUGGUAUUAAACUCCAGAAAGAGGAACUUGAACGUGACAGACAAAAGAUCACUGAUGAAAAGGAUCUUCUGGCUCAAAGAAAGACUGAAUUGCAAAAUGAGAGUGAACGAAUCAGACACAUGGAAGAGGAAAUAAAGAAGGAGAGAGAAAGACUGAAGGAAAUGGAAGCUCAUCUACAAAAGGACAAAGAAGAAAUUAAGAGCGUCACUGAAGAAACAAGCAGACGAAAAGAGGAUCUGGGAAAGAUAAGCACAGAUACAAAUGAGCAAAAACAAGAGUUGAAUAAAUACAGAGACUUUCUAGAACAAGAAAGAGAAGAAAUAAAUCAGAGAUGGACACAGUUACAACAGAGAAUUGAUGAAUUUGAUGCUCAAGUCAGAAAACAGAAUGAAGAGGAUACAACAGAACAGAAGAAGAUGGAAGAAGAAAGAAAAAGUCUAGAAAAAAACAAAGCUGAGAUCCUGGAGCUGAAGACUGAAGUUGAGCAGGAACAUCAUGAUAUAAACCUAAAAACACAACAGAUAAACACACUGCAUGAACAGAUUAUGAAAGAAAGAGAGAAAGGUGAAGAAAUUAAAGUAAAAGCAAAGAUGGAAAGAGAAGAACUUGAUCAGAUAAAGAGUGAACUGGAAAGAGAAAAAACUGAAAUAGAUCAUAAGCAGAAGAACAUGGAUGAUGACAGGAAGAUGAUCGAACAGGAAAGAAAAGACCUGGAGAAGAUGAGGUCUGAAAUAAUGACACAAAGACAGCAGAUGGAAGAAGACAUGAGAGAGGCAAUCCAACUAGAGAGAUCAGCACUUGACCAGAAAACACAAGAGAUUGAUCUAGAAAAGGACAAAAUUGAAAAGAACAAAGAAAUAAUUAAAAAAUUAAUGGAUGAGGUGGAGGAACUGAGACAUGAUAUUAAAAUCCAGAAAGAAGAACUUGAACUUGAGAAACAAAAGAUCACUGAUGAAAAAGAUCUUCUGGCUCAAAGAAAGACUGAAUUGCAAAAUGAGAGUGAACGAAUCAGAUACAUGGAGGAGGAAAUGAAGAAGGAGAAAGAAACUCUGAAGGAAACAGAAGCUCGUCUACAAAAGGACAAAGGAGAAAUUGAGAGUGUCAUUGAUGAAACAAAGAGACGAAAAGAAGAUCUGGAAAAGAUGAGCACAGAUAGAAAUGAACAAAAACAAGAGUUGAAGAACUGCAGAGACCUUCUAGAACAAGAAAGAGAAGAAAUAAAUCAUAAAUGGACAAAAUUACAACAGAGAAUUGAUGAAUUUGAUUCUCAAAUCAGCAAAAAGAAGGAAGAGGAUAUAACAGAACAGAAGAAGAUGGAAGAAGAAAGAAAAAGUCUCAAAGAAACCAAAGCUGAGAUCCUGGAGCUGAAGACUAAAGUUGAGCAGGAACAUCAUGAUAUAAACCUAAAAACACAAGAGAUAAACACACUGCAUGAACAGAUUAUGAAAGAAAGAGAGAAAGGUGAAGAAAUUAAAGUAAAAGCAAAGAUGGAGAGAGAAGAACUUGAUCAGAUAAAGAGUGAACUGGAAAGAGAAAAAACUGAAAUAGAUCAUGAGCAGAAGAAAAUGGAUGAUGACAGGAAGAUGAUUGAACAGGAAAGAAAAGACCUGGAGAAGAUGAGGUCUGAAAUAAUGACACAAAGACAGCAGAUGGAAGAAGACAUGAGAGAGGCAAUCCAACUAGAGAGAUCAGCACUUGACCAGAAAACACAAGAGAUUGAUCUAGAAAAGGACAAAAUUGAAAAGAACAAAGAAAUAAUUCAAAAAUCAAUGGAUGAGUUGGAGGAACUGAGACAUGAUAUUAAAAUCCAGAAAGAAGAACUUGAACUUGAGAAACAAAAGAUCACUGAUGAAAAAGAUCUUCUGGCUCAAAGAAAGACUGAAUUGCAAAAUGAAAGUGAACGAAUCCUAUUCAUGGAGGAGGAAAUGAAAAAGGAGAAAGAAACACUGAAGGAAACAGAAGCUCGUCUACAAAAAGACAAAGAAGAAAUUGAGAGUGUCAUUGAUGAAACAAAGAGACGAAAAGAAGAUCUGGAAAAGAUGAGCACAGAUAUAACUGAACAAAAACAAGAGUUGAAGUACUGCAGAGAGCUUCUAGAACAAGAAAGAGAAGAAAUAAAUCAUAAAUGGACACAAUUACAACAGAGAAUUGAUGAAUUUGAUGCUCAAGUCACAAAACAGAAGGAAGAGGAUACAACAGAACAGAAGAAGAUGGAAGAAAGAAAAAGUCUAGAAGAAACCAAAGCUGAGAUCCUGGAGUUAAAGACUAAAGAAGAAAUGAGAGUAAAAGCAAAGAUGGAGAGAGAAGAGUUUGAUCAGAUAAAGAGUGAAGUAGACAGAGAAAUAACUGAAGUAGAUCAUGAGCAGAAGAACAUGGAUGAUGACAGGAAGAUGAUUGAACAGGAAAGAAAAGACCUGGAGAAGAUGAGGUCUGAAAUAACGACACAAAGACAACAAAUGGAAGAAGACAUGAGAAAGGCAAUCCAACUAGAGAGAUCAGCACUUGACCAGAAAAUAAAAGAAAAUGAUUUAGAAAAAUGUGACAUUGAGAAGAGCAAAGAAAAUGUACAGAAAUUAAUGGAUGAGGUGGAAGAACAGAGAAAUGAUAUUAAAAUCCAGAAAGAGGAACUUGAACGUGACAGACAAAAGAUAACUGAUGAAAAAGAACUUCUGGCUCAAAGAAAGAAUGAAUUGCAAAAUGAAAGUAAACGAAUCAGACACAUGGAGGAGGAAAUGAAGAAAGAGAGAGAAACACUAAAGGAAAUGGAAGCUCAUCUACAAAAGGACAAAGAAGAAAUUAAGAGCGCCAUUGAUGACACAAAGAGGCAAAAAGAGGAUCUGGAAAAGAUGAGCACAGACACAAAUAAACAAAAACAAGAGUUAAAUAAAUACAGAGACCUUCUAGAACAAGAAAGAGAAGAAAUAAAUCUGAGAUGGACACAGUUACAACAGAGAAUUGAUGAAUUUGAUGCUCAAGUCAGAAAACAGAAGGACGAGGAUAUAAGAGAACAGAAGAAGAUGCAAGAAGAAAGAAAAAGUCUAGAAGAGACCAAAGCUGAGAUCUUGGAGUUAAAGACUAAAGCUGAGCAGGAACAUCAUGACAUAAACCUAAAAACACAAGAGUUAAACACACUGCAAGAACAGAUUAUGAAAGUAAGAGAGAAAGAAGAAAUGACAGUAAAAGCAAAGAUGGAGAGAGAAGAACUUGAUCAGAUAAAGAGUGAAUUGAAGAGAGAGAAAACUGAAAUAGAUCAUGAGCAGAAGAAAAUGGGUGAUGACAGGAAGAUGAUUGAACAGGAAAGAAAAGACCUGGAGAAGAUGAGGUCUGAAAUAAUGACACAAAGACAGCAGAUGGAAGAAGAGAGAUCAGAACUUGACAACAAAACAAAAGAGACAGAUUUAGACAAAUGUGACAUUGAGAAGAGCAAAGAAAUUGUACAGAAAUUAAUGGAUGAGGUGGAAGAACAAAGAAAUGGUAUUAAACUCCAGAAAGAGGAACUUGAAUAUGACAGACAAAAGAUAACUGAUGAAAAAGAUCUUCUGGCCCAAAGAAAGACUGAACUGCAAAAUGAGAGUGAACGAAUCAGAUACAUGGAGGAGGAAAUGAAGAAGGAGAAAGAAACUCUGAAGGAAAUGGAAGCUCAUCUACAAAAGGACAAAGAAGAAAUUGUGAGUGCCAUUGAAGAAACAAAGAGACGAAAGGAAGAUCUGAAAAAGAUGAACACGGAUUUAAAUGAACAAAAACAAGAGCUGAAGAACUGCAGAGACCUUCUAGAACAAGAAAAAGAAGAAAUAAAUCAUAAAUGGACACAAUUACAACAGCGAAUUGAUGAAUUUGAUGCUCAAGUCACAAGACAAAAGGAAGAGGAUAUAACAGAACAGAUGACGAUGGAAGAAGAAAGAAAAAGUCUCAAAGAAACCAAAGCUGAGAUCCUGGAGCUAAAGACUAAAGUUGAGCAGGAACAUCAUGAUAUAAACCUAAAAACACAAGAGUUAAACACACUGCAUGAACAGAUUAUGAAAGAAAGAGAGAAAGGCAAAGAAAUUAAAGUAAAAGCAAAGAUGGAGAGAGAAGAACUUGAUCAGAUAAAGAGUGAACUGGAAAGAGAAAAAACUGAAAUAGAUCAUGAGCAGAAGAAAAUGGAUGAUGAAAGGAAGAUGAUUGAACAGGAAAGAAAAGACCUGGAGAAGAUGAGGUCUGAAAUAAUGACACAAAGACUGCAGAUGGAAGAAGACAUGAGAGAGGCAAUCCAACUAGAGAGAUCAGUACUUGACCAGAAAACACAAGAGAUUGAUCUAGAAAAGGACAAAAUUGAAAAGAACAAAGAAAUAAUUAAAAAAUUAAUGGAUGAGUUGGAGGAACUGAGACAUGAUAUUAAAAUCCAGAAAGAAGAACUCGAACUUGAGAAACAAAAGAUCACUGAUGAAAAAGAUCUUCUGGCUCAAAGAAAGACUGAAUUGCAAAAUGAGAGUGAACGAAUCAGAUACAUGGAGGAGGAAAUGAAGAAGGAGAAAGAAACUCUGAAGGAAACAGAAGCUCGUCUACAAAAGGACAAAGGAGAAAUUGAGAGUGUCAUUGAAGAAACAAAGAGACGAAAAGAAGAUCUGGAAAAGAUGAGCACAGAUAUAAAUGAACAAAAACAAGAGUUGAAGAACUGCAGAGACCUUCUAGAACAAGAAAGAGAAGAAAUAAAUCAUAAAUGGACAAAAUUACAACAGAGAAUUGAUGAAUUAGAUUCUCAAAUCAGCAAAAAGAAGGAAGAGGAUAUAACAGAACAGAAGAAGAUGGAAGAAGAAAGAAAAAGUCUAGAAGAGACCAAAGCUGAGAUCCUGGAGCUGAAGACUAAAGUUGAGCAGGAACAUCAUGAUAUAAACCUAAAAACACAAGAGUUAAACACACUGCAUGAACAGAUUAUGAAAGAAAGAGAGAAAGGUGAAGAAAUUAAAGUAAAAGCAAAGAUGGAGAGAGAAGAACUUGAUCAGAUAAAGAGUGAACUGGAAAGAGAAAACACUGAAAUAGAUCAUGAGCAGAAGAAAAUGGGUGAUGACAGGAAGAUGAUUGAACAGGAAAGAAAAGACCUGGAGAAGAUGAGGUCUGAAACAACGACACAAAGACAGCAAAUGGAAGAAGACAUGAGAAAGGCAAUCCAACUAGAGAGAUCAGCACUUGACCAGAAAAUAAAAGAAACUGAUUUAGAAAAAUGUGACAUUGAGAAGAGCAAAGAAAAUGUACAGAAAUUGAUGGAUGAGGUGGAAAAACAAAGAAAUGGUAUUAAACUCCAGAAAGAGGAACUUGAAUGUGACAGACAAAAGAUAACUGAUGAAAAAGAUCUUCUGGCUCAAAGAAAGAAUGAACUGCAAAAUGAGAGUGAACGAAUCAGAUUCAUGGAGGAGGAAAUAAAGAAGGAGAGAGAAACACUGAAGGAAAUGGAAGCUCAUCUACAAAAGGACAAAGAAGAAAUUAAGAGCGUCAUUGAAGAAACAAAGAGGCAAAAAGAGGAUCUGGUAAAGAUGAGCACAGAUACAAAUGAGCAAAAACAAGAGUUGAAUAAAUACAGAGACUUUCUAGAACAAGAAAGAGAAGAAAUAAAUCAGAGAUGGACACAGUUACAACAGAGAAUUGAUGAAUUUGAUGCUCAAGUCAGAAAACAGAAUGAAGAGGAUAUAACAGAACAGAAGAAGAUGGAAGAAGAAAGAAAAAGUCUAGAAAAAAACAAAGCUGAGAUCCUGGAGCUGAAGACUAAAGUUGAGCAGGAACAUCAUGAUAUAAAUCUAAAAACACAAGAGUUAAACACACUGCAAGAACAGAUUAUGAAAGAAAGAGAGAAAGGUGAAGAAAUUAAAGUAAAAGCAAAGAUGGAGAGAGAAGAACUUGAUCAGAUAAAGAGUGAACUGGAAAGAGAAAAAACUGAAAUAGAUCAUAAGCAGAAGAACAUGGAUGAUGACAGGAAGAUGAUCGAACAGGAAAGAAAAGACCUGGAGAAGAUGAGGUCUGAAAUAAUGACACAAAGACAGCAGAUGGAAGAAGACAUGAGAGAGGCAAUCCAACUAGAGAGAUCAGCAUUUGACCAGAAAACACAAGAGAUUGAUCUAGAAAAGGACAAAAUUGAAAAGAACAAAGAAAUAAUUAAAAAAUUAAUGGAUGAGGUGGAGGAGCUGAGACAUGACAUUAAAAUCCAGAAAGAAGAACUUGAACUUGAGAAACAAAAGAUCACUGAUGAAAAAGAUCUUCUGGCCCAAAGAAAGAAUGAACUGCAAAAUGAGAGUGAACGAAUCCUAUUCAUGGAGGAGGAAAUGAAGAAGGAGAAAGAAACUCUGAAGGAAAUAGAAGCUCAUCUACAAAAAGACAAAGAAGAAAUUGUGAGUGCCACUGAAGAAACAAAGAGACGAAAAGAAGAUCUGAAAAAGAUGAACACAGAUUUAAAUGAACAAAAACAAGAGCUGAAGAACUGCAGAGACCUUCUAGAACAAGAAAAAGAAGAAAUAAAUCAUAAAUGGACACAAUUACAACAGAGAAUUGAUGAAUUUGAUUCUCAAAUCAGCAAAAAAAAGGAAGAGGAUAUAACAGAACAGAAGAAGAUGGAAGAAGAAAGAAAAAGUCUCAAAGAAACCAAAGCUGAGAUCCUGGAGCUGAAGACUAAAGUUGAGCAGGAACAUCAUGAUAUAAACCUAAAAACACAAGAGUUAAACACACUGCAUGAACAGAUUAUGAAAGAAAGAGAGAAAGGCAAAGAAAUUAAAGUAAAAGCAAAGAUGGAGAGAGAAGAACUUGAUCAGAUAAAGAGUGAACUGGAAAGAGAAAAAACUGAAAUAGAUCAUGAGCAGAAGAAAAUGGAUGAUGACAGGAAGAUGAUUGAACAGGAAAGAAAAGACCUGGAGAAGAUGAGGUCUGAAAUAAUGACACAAAGACAACAAAUGGAAGAAGACAUGAGAGAGGCAAUCCAACUAGAGAGAUCAGCACUUGACCAGAAAACACAAGAGAUUGAUCUAGAAAAGGACAAAAUUGAAAAGAACAAAGAAAUAAUUCAAAAAUCAAUGGAUGAGUUGGAGGAACUGAGACAUGAUAUUAAAAUCCAGAAAGAAGAACUUGAACUUGAGAAACAAAAGAUCACUGAUGAAAAAGAUCUUCUGGCUCAAAGAAAGACUGAAUUGCAAAAUGAAAGUGAACGAAUCCUAUUCAUGGAGGAGGAAAUGAAGAAGGAGAGAGAAACACUGAAGGAAACAGAAGCUCAUCUACAAAAGGACAAAGAAGAAAUUGAGAGUGUCAUUGAUGAAACAAGCAGACGAAAAGAAGAUCUGGAAAAGAUGAGCACAGAUAUAAAUGAACAAAAACAAGAGUUGAAGAACUGCAGAGACCUUCUAGAACAAGAAAGAGAGGAAAUAAAUCAUAAAUGGACACAAUUACAACAGAGAAUUGAUGAAUUUGAUGCUCAAGUCACAAAACAGAAGGAAGAGGAUAUAACAGAACAGAAGAAGAUAGAAGAAAGAAAAGGUCUAGAAGAGACCAAAGCUGAGAUCCUGGAGUUAAAGACUAAAGAAGAAAUGAGAGUAAAAGCAAAGAUGGAGAGAGAAGAGCUUGAUCAGAUAAAGAGUGAAGUAGACAGAGAAAUAACUGAAGUAGAUCAUGAGCAAAAGAACAUGGAUGAUGACAGGAAGAUGAUUGAACAGGAAAGAAAAGACCUGGAGAAGAUGAGGUCUGAAAUAACGACACAAAGACAGCAAAUGGAAGAAGACAUGAGAAAGGCAAUCCAACUAGAAAGAUCAGCACUUGACCAGAAAAUAAAAGAAAAUGAUUUAGAAAAAUGUGACAUUGAGAAGAGCAAAGAAAAUGUACAGAAAUUAAUGGAUGAGGUGGAAGAACAGAGAAAUGAUAUUAAAAUCCAGAAAGAGGAACUUGAACGUGACAGACAAAAGAUCACUGAUGAAAAAGAUCUUCUGGCUCAAAGAAAGAAUGAAUUGCAAAAUGAAAGUAAACGAAUCAGACACAUGGAGGAGGAAAUGAAGAAAGAGAGAGAAACACUGAAGGAAAUGAAAGCUCAUCUACAAAAGGACAAAGAAGAAAUUAAGAGCGCCAUUGAUGACACAAAGAGGCAAAAAGAGGAUCUGGAAAAGAUGAGCACAGACACAAAUAAACAAAAACAAGAGUUGAAUAAAUACAGAGACCUUCUAGAACAAGAAAGAGAAGAAAUAAAUCAGAGAUGGACACAGUUACAACAGAGAAUUGAUGAAUUUGAUGCUCAAGUCAGAAAACAGAAGGACGAGGAUAUAACAAAACAGAAGAAGAUGCAAGAAGAAAGAAAAAGUCUAGAAGAGACCAAAGCUGAGAUCUUGGAGUUAAAGACUAAAGCUGAGCAGGAACAUCAUGACAUAAACCUAAAAACACAAGAGUUAAACACACUGCAAGAACAGAUUAUGAAAGAAAGAGAGAAAGAAGAAAUGACAGUAAAAGCAAAGAUGGAGAGAGAAGAACUUGAUCAGAUAAAGAGUGAAUUGAAGAGAGAGAAAACUGAAAUAGAUCAUGAGCAGAAGAAAAUGGAUGAUGACAGGAAGAUGAUUGAACAGGAAAGAAAAGACCUGGAGAAGAUGAGGUCUGAAAUAAUGACACAAAGACAGCAGAUGGAAGAAGAGAGAUCAGAACUUGACAACAAAACAAAAGAGACUGAUUUAGAAAAAUGUGACAUUGAGAAGAGCAAAGAAAUUGUACAGAAAUUAAUGGAUGAGGUGGAAGAACAAAGAAAUGGUAUUAAACUCCAGAAAGAGGAACUUGAACAUGACAGACAAAAGAUAACUGAUGAAAAAGAUCUUCUGGCUCAAAGAAAAAAUGAACUGCAAAAUGAGAGUGAACGAAUCAGAUACAUGGAGGAGGAAAUAAAGACGGAGAGAGAAACACUGAAGGAAAUGGAAGCUUAUCUACAAAAGGACAAAGAAGAAAUUGAGAGUGUCAUUGAAGAAACAAGCAGACGAAAGGAAGAUCUGGAAAAGAUGAACAUGGAUUUAAAUGAACAAAAACAAGAGCUGAAGAACUGCAGAGACCUUCUAGAACAAGAAAGAGAAGAAAUAAAUCAUAAAUGGACACAAUUACAACAGAAAAUUGAUGAGUAUGAGCAGUCAAAGACUGAGUCCAUGAGGAACAUUCUGGAGGACACCAGAAAGGAAAGUGAAAAAACAGAAAUGGAAGAAAAACUUAAACAGGCCAACAAGGAAUAUGAAAGUAUCAUAGAAGAAACAAACAGGAGAAGGAAUGAGCUAGAGAAAAUCAUGUUUGAUAUAUCACAUGAAAAUCAAGAGAUUGAGACCAAGAAAGAUCUUUUGGAAAAAGAGAGAAAUAGCAUCAAAAAGGAAAGAGAAGAGUUACAGAGACGAGCUGAUGAUCUGGAGAUGCACAUGACAAAACACAGAGAAAAAGAAGAGAUGAGUAAAAUAUCAAUGGCUGACAAGAAAAAGCUUCUUGAGCAGAAGGCUGACGAAAUCCUAAGACAGAGAGAUGAACUGGAUAAAGAAAAAGAGGACAUGAUGAAGAAGUGGAAUGAGCUGGACGUUCUUCAGAAGGAAAUACAGAAACAAAGAGAUGAAAUGGAAGAAAUCAAAUGUGAGUUACAAACUGAAAAGACUGAAAUGAAUCAACAGGAACACAGACUAGAGGAGAGUUUAAGAGCUAUGAAUGAGGAGAGGAAAGAUCUGGAGAACAUGAGAAAUGAAUCCAAAACACACAGACAACAAAUGGAGGAGAUGAGAGUAGAAGCAAAGAUGGAGAGAGAGGAACUUGAUCAACUGAUGGCCAAGGUAUUGAUGGAGCAAAAAGAAAUUGAAAGGAACAAGGACAUGAUAGAGCGACUAAAGAAGGAAAUUGAGCAAACAGAAGCCAAACUGAAUGCUCAAGAGCAGGAAAUCAAAAUGGAAAUGCAAAAAGUGCAAGAUGAGAGAAAAGAUCUGGAGCAGUCCAAGGCUGAAAUCAAGAGACAGGCUGAUGAAAUAAAGACCAUGAAAGUGCAGACCCACCAACUAGAAAAAGAAGAACAGAAGAGAGAAGAAAUAGUCUCUCAAGCAAAACAGAUACAAACAGAUGAAGUCAACAGACUCUUGUCUGAGAUUCAAAGGGAAAGGGAGGAACUUGAAAGAAACAAAAAAAUCUUUGAACAUCAGAGAGAGGCACUGGAAGAGAUGAAGAGUAAAGAACCAACACAGAUGCCGGAAGUCAUUUUGAUUAGUUCUGCAACACAAACAUCUGAUCUAGAUGACAUAAAUGUAGGUGACAUUUCAGCCCCUCAAGAAGAGAUUGAGGAACACACAGACAUUCAUAAGGAAUAUACAACUUUCAUAACAGAAGGGAAGGAAGAUGAUCUAGAGAGAAUGGAGGAGGACAUGGAGCUCAAAAUGAGAGGUGAAGAAACCGAAAUGGAGACAAGCCAAGAGGACAUUACACUGACAGGAGAAUAUAAAUAUGUACCAGAUCCAUCCAUGGUAGUAAAGUUGGAGUUCGAUAAAGAUGAAACCGAUGGCCUUACUGAGAUGCUGAAGACUGAGAGAAGAGAACUAGAGAAUACAAGACUUAUUUUACAGAGAGACCAGAAUGAGAUAAAGAAAAUAAGACAAGACAUUGACAAAGAGAAGAACGAUCUAGAGAAAUAUAGAGCCACUCUUGAGAAACAAUAUGAAGAGAUAGAGAUAUGCAGACAGAAUAUGGAAAAUGAAAGAUCUGAGUUAGAAAUUACUCUAGAAAAAAUAGAGAUGGACAUGAAAAAUAUUGUAAUGGAGAGCAAGAGCAAACAGGAGAGAAUAGAAAACAUGGAAGUUCAACUUCAAGAAAAGAAGAGAGAAAUGGAAACCAUCACAGAUGAGAUCAAACGGAGACAAGAGGAGUUGGACUUCAUCAAUACAGAGAUAAAAAGAAAAAGACGUGACAUGGAGGACACCAAAGGAAUGGAGGAACAUGAGUUCACUGACAUUCUUCCAGAAAGAGAGGAGACUAUAAAAAGACACAUGGAGGAAAUACGGAACCAAAAAGAGGCACUACAAAAGGAGAGGGAUGAAGUUGAAAAAAUACAUGGUGGGCUGCAGAGAGAGCAAAUGGAAAUUAAGAUGUGUCAGGCAAUGCUGAACUCAGAAAGAAAUGACCUAAAUAGAUUGAGAGUCGAUCUGGAGACACAAAAAGAGGAGGUUGAGCUUAUGCAACAAAACAUAAAGACUGAAAAAGAUGAGCUGGAAUCAAGGUUAAGGAAAGCAGAGGACACCGAGAGCCUUUUGGAGGACAUUCUUAAAGAAAAGGAAAGGGUAGAAAAAAUAGCAGCCCAACUUUCCAAAGAACAAGAAGAGUUCAAAAUUAUUAUGAAUGAGACAAAUAAAUGGAUGGAGGAGAUUAAACGGAUUGAGGAGGAAAUUAAAACAAAGCAAGUUGAAAUUAAGCACAUUGAAGAACUGAAACAAAAAGAGCUAGAUGAACAGAAGACCAUGAAAGAGAGUGAAAAUCAAGAGCUUCAGCAGAGGAGAGCGGAACUUGAAAAAAUGAAGAUUGAAAUUGACAUUGAAAGAGGAGAAAUUCAGAAAAUACGAAAAGACUGUGAGAGAGAAAAACAAGAACGGGAGCAAAUGCAAACAGACUUGCAGAAAGAAACACCACAGAAAACAGAUGCAGAAGUGCAAUAUGAUGAAAUCCACAAUGUUAUGGGCUCAUUGAAAGAAGAGAAAGAAGAAAUAGAAAGGAUGAAAGCUGACCUCCAGAACAAGCAUAGAGAAAUUGAAACCACGAGGGACACUAUAAAAAGAGAGAAGAGUGAGCUUGAGCACAAGAAAGCUGAAAUGCUACAAAUGACUGCAGAAAUAAGGGACACGGACAGUGACAAGAACUUACAAGAUGAAAUGAUAAAGGUUGAAGCAAUCCUCAAAGAAACCAAGAGACAGAAAAAUGACCUGGAACAGAUGAAUGAGAAUUUGAUCAGGGAAAAAACAGAGAUGGAAAGCAAUUGUCAGAUACUAGAAAGAGAAAAAAUAGAACUGGAGACAAGAUUACAGGAUUUGGUGAAUGAAUUAAAUAUUACGUUUAAGGAAUUAGAAGCUCUUCAAAAGUUCCAGAUGGAGGAGAGAGAGAAGAAAACUCUGGAGAAAGUGACUAUGGAGAAAAGUGAGCUAGAACAGCAGAGGUUUAAAAUAUACAAACAAGAACAACAACUGGAAUACACUGGGGAAGCUUCAGAAAGGAAGUGGGAUGAGACACAGGUAGCCAAUGAAAGGACCAGACAUGAUGAAGAGGACAGGCAAAUCUUGAAAAUUGAGAGAGAAGAGAUCACACAUCUGAAAAAUCAAAUACUGAAAGAGAAAGAAGAUGUUGAAACCACCAAAGAGAGAAUUAACAGAGAGAUGGAACAUAUCGAAAAGAUGCAAACCCAGUUAGAUGACCAAAAACAAGAAAUAGAGCUUGAAAAACAAAAAUUACAAGACACAAGAACCGAGAUUCAAGACAAGACAAAUGCUCUAGAGAAAGUUAUGCAGGACAUACAAAAAGAUAGGGAAAAUCUAAAUGCUUUAGUAAUUAAACAACAAAAAGACAGAGAAGAGAUGGAUAUAUUAGCAGAAGAAAACAAAAGAAAAGAGGAGCGUGCAGAAGCGGAGAUUCAAAGACAGCUAGAGGACAUAGAAAAUGCCAAGGUUGUGUUGGCAAAAGAGAGGGAACAAAUUGAUAGGAUGAAUGCAGAAAUACAAACUAGAAGCAAAGAACUAGAGAAAAUAAUCAGAAAACAGCAAGAGGAGUUUGAAAUCAAAGAGAAUGACAUGCAAACCGAAAGAAAGGCCUUGGAGAAGAUGAAUGUUGAGCUAGAAAGGAAAACCACCGAAAUAGAAAACAAGAGGGAGAAAGUAACUCUCUGGGAAGCAGAUAUACAGAAACAGAAAAAUGAGGCAGAAGAGCUAAAGAACAUCUUAGAAAGAGAGAAAAGUGAACUUGACAGAGAGAAAGCUAAAGUACAACAAGAAAAACGAGAGACGAAAACCACCAAGAGUGAGAUGGAGGACCUGAAGCAACUGAGAAAUGAAAUUGAGGAAGAGAAGAAAGACAUGAUGGACAGAUUGUCAAUGGAAAAAUAUGAAAUAGAUCAACUAAAAACUGAGCUGCAGUUGGAGAAAGAGAGCAUUGAAGAAGACAAGAAGAUGUUGAAGCAAUUGAUGAAUGAAAUGGAAAAUAAAAGAUCUCAACUGGACAGUGACUUAGAGAAGAUGAACAUGGACAAACUAAAUAUUCAAAAAGAAAAAGACUCCCUGGAGGAGAUCAAGUCUGAUUUACAAAGAAAGGCUGGAAAACUUAAUGAGGAAAUGAGAAAAACAGAGCAAACCACCUCUGAAAUCAUUAAAGACAAAGAGGACACUCAAGAGAGUCUGGACGACAUGAAAAGAAAGGAAGAAGAGCUCAGUACUGCCCGUGCUGAAAUUGAAAGACAGGCAAAGCUUCUGGAAUCUGAAUUAUUGCUUCUUCAGACUCAAAAAGAGAACAUGGAGAAGAGCAAAGAAGUGAAUGACAUGCAAAGAGAAGAUCUUGAAAAACAAAGAGAAAAGAAUGACUUGACAAUGCAAGAACUGCACAAAGAGAAGCUGGCCUUGGAGCAGAUGAUUACUGACAUAACACAGCAGAGAGACACAUUGGCAAACACACAGAAUGAAAUAAGACUUAAAGAAGAUGCACUGAAAAACAAAGAAAGAGAACUUGACACACAAAGAAAAGAUAUGGAUAAUCUAAGAAACAUUGUGAUGGCUGAGAAAAAGCAGCUGGAAAUGGAUCAGCAGGAGGUUGAUGACUUGAUUGCUGAAAACAGAAAAAUUAGAAAUGAUCUAGAGAGCAUGAAAACUCAUCUGGAACAAGAGAGACAGCAACUGCAAGAAAAUAUAAAAACAUAUGAAGACCAGAAGAAUGUUCUUGAUAAAAUCAAAGUUGAUGCAGUGCAACAGACCGAUGAGCUUGAGAAAAUCGCAACAGAUACAAAGAGGGAAAAGGAACAUCUUGGAAAGGAAAGAGAAGAGAUUGAUGCUUUAAAGAAGGAAAUGCUCAUCCUCAAUGAAAAUAUACAGACAGAACGAGAUGAGUUUAAAAAGCUUAAUAAUGAUAUUCAAAAGGACAGAGCAGAGAUUGAAAACAGCAAAAAGAGCAUUGAUAGUGAAAAACGUCAUAUUGAAAUGGAGAGAACUGUUUUAAACAGACUGAAGGAAGAGAUUGAAGUCAGCAAACAAAGAGUACAACAUGAGAGAACUUUGCUGCAACUAGAUAAAGACAUGAUACAGAAAGAAAAAGAGGACAUGGAACGCAUUAUAGAAGAAAAAAUGAGAACAAUAGAGGAACUGCAUAAUCUCAAAAAGCAUAUAAACAGAAAAUUAUCCGAACUGGAGACAUUAAACUUGGAGAUUCAAGUAAAGAGAAAGGAAGCAGAAAUGCAUUACUUACCAGGAGAGAUGAAAACAGAAGAGGACUCAAAGAGGGAUGCUGAUGUCCUAAGAGAGGAAGAACCACUAAAAAAACAAAAAGCAGAUGAAACCCAGAUAUAUCAAGUGAAAACCAUCUCAAUAGAUGCUGAAACCCAAACGUCUUUGGAUGACAUUAAGAAAACAGAUGAUAGCGGACAAAAGGAAUUAAAAGAAGAAACAGCUGCAACAAAGACAAAACGCCCAACUGUGACAAAGUUAGAGGACACGCACACAUCUGAGGUGCAAGAAAUAAAGGAAUCUUUAAGUAAAGAAAUGGAAGAUUUAGAAAGAAUGAAGACAAUGAUGAAAAAGGAAAAAGAUGAACUGGAACAGGCUAAAACUGACAUUCAAAGGAGGACGGACGACUUUGAGAGAAAUAUGAAGGAAGCCAUGAAGGAGAGGUCAAGAAAUGAAGAAAAACUACUACAACUUACACAAGACAAGGAAUAUUUAUCAAAAGCGCUUGAUGAGAAAAAUAAGGAAAUAGAGAGUAUCAUGGAAAUGUUCAUGGGAAAGAUGGGACAACUGGAAAAGACUAUAGCUGCAAUGGAAAAACAGAAGGAAGAGGUUGAAUAUGAGUUGCUUCGACAAAAGCAAAAUGAACAAGAGAGACUAAACAUCCAGAGAGAAACAGAUGAUACUUCCAGAAGGUUUAGAAGAGACAGGCAUGCUGAAAAAAUCACAUUUAAAUCAGCAUUGGAACAAGUACAAGACACUAAAGAAGAAAAAAAGACAGACAGAGACAGCAGUCAGGAACUGAUUGACACUGAUAGGGUCAAAACAGAUGGAAAAACAGAGGCACAAACAUCUAAAACUGAGGGAGAAGUUGUCCAGCUAAUGGAUGACACGAUCCUAGACCAAGACGAGCUAAACAACAUGCGAGUUGAAUUACAGAGGCAACGUGAUGAAAUGGAGAAUAAAAUGAAGAUCACACAAACUGGCCUUCUUGAGCUGGAGAAGGCAAAGGAAGACCUACAUAAAGUAAGGAAUGAAUGUAGAACUGCUGAAGAAGAACAGUCAGUGAUCAUGGAGAGUCUUGAGCGGAGGAGGAACAGUUUGGAGAAGGUUCAAGCCGAGAUCUUGAGACUUACAUUGGAAAUUGAGCAUCUCACACAAAGCUGUGAACACAAAAGAAGAGAACUGCAACAUAUAGAGACUGACAUACAAAGACAGAUGAAGAGGACUGUGAGGACUCAACAGGAAACUGUUAUUCAGAGCCAACUAGAAGACCAAGAAGUGGUAGAGACUUCGGAAUACAUUCAAGAACAUACAGAAGACAUUAAGCAGAGGAGAACCCAAGAGACACAAACUGAAGACCAAGAAAGAGAUGCUCUACCACAGUAUGAAGAGAUAGAUACAAUGAAAAGGAGAAUACAGGAAAUGAAAAGUGAACUAGAGAAUAGAUUACAAGACAUUCAGAGAAAAGAACUGGAAAGACUAGGCAUGCAAAGAGAAAAAAUCGAGUUGGAGCUACGGAAAGCUGAGAUCGAAAGAUACAAUGAAGCCCUCCGGCGUGAGAGAGAAACCGACAAACUCAAGCUCGUGGAAAAGGAGAAGGAAGUACUUCUGUUAAGGGAAUGUAUGCUGAUUGAGAUCAAUCGAUUGAAAAGCAAAGAGACAGAAACAAGCACACAGCACCUGGAGAUGAUGGAGCGCCUCGUCAGUGAUGCAGCGUUAAGAAUGGACAGAUUUAGACGAGUUACGGACAGAGCGGUGCAAACGCUGAUGUUGGAAGGAGAUGAAGAGCAGUUUGGAAGAACUCAGAGAGUGACGACAGAACAGGGGGAAAGUGUCAGUGGAAUGGUGGACAUUUCUCUAAAUGUCCUGAGUGAGGACAGGGAGGAAAGGGCGACAGGAGAAUCCCAGAGAGGGAGCGUGGCUGGGCCUUCUUCACGGAGAUUGAGGCUACUGCACUGGAUCAGACGGUGCUGCUGUUGCUGCUGUCCCAGAAAUGAUAGAAACACUGCGGAAGACACAGAGGACUUUUAAUAAACACAGGUCUUGUUCAUUUAGAAGUCAAUUUUCACAUGGAAUUUGACAGAAACUGAGAAGUACAAUCUAUUUUUAUCUGUGUUCUAUGAAAAAAAAAAGCAUAACAUUUCAGUAAAGUCUACAAUAACCCUAAAAAAAAAAAAAAAAUACUAGAAAGCAUAAUAAAUAUUUAGUAAUAUAAUUACAGCUUAUUUGCAUAGUACCAAAUGUUUAAUGUUAAUCACAGUUCAUAUGUUCUAAAAAAAAUCAGAGCUUUGCAUUUUCAAAACACAACACAGAUGUUUGCACAAACCAAAAUUAAUAUCAUGAAUACAUACAGUACAUCUAUACAAUUAACUCCUUAAAGGAAUCAAAUAACUAAUUAGCAUAAUGUAUGCAAUACAUGUGUGUGUACUGUUUUCCUUAAUGCAUCUGAGAAACACUCUGGGAUCUGGAUCAACUGAUGCCGAAAUGAUCUAUUUUGAUUUCUCAUAGCAAAUUAUUAUAAUUAUCUUGUUGGUUUUUUUCUUGUUGUUUUUUUAUUAUACUCCCUCCUGAAUCUUUCCAGAAGGAACUGAACUGUUGGGCUCUCUUAAUUGACAACUCUGGAAAUUUCUGCACAACUAUCUGUGAUAAACAAAGCUCACCUCUAAUGUUCAAAGGUAAUAUGCACAUUCCUGAGGGCUGAGAAGAGCACUGAUGAAUGUGAGAGAACGAAUAUCUUGAUUUUACGACUGCACCAGCAUGAGUGCUCAAGGUCUUCUUUGUUGCGUUCACAUUCUUGUAGCUCUGAGUGAUGGGAGUGUUGCAGAUGUGCCCUGUAUAACAUGGAUACACAGAAGCUGCUGUGAGUGAUGAAUUUCACAUGGAUCCACAGUAUGCCAAAGAACCGCCAGCAAACUACACUGGCAAGAUAAUUACAGAGGCCAUUUAAUUACAACUGGACAAAAAGAGAGCUUUGUGAAUUUUUAAACUCAAAUUAACAAUGAGGCAAUGUCUUUUUAGAUGAUAAAACCAUCAGGUGUCCAUUAAGAGGAUCAAACACUUUCUAAAAGUUAUUUCUAAAACAAUUCUAUUGCAAUUUAAUAACUAUAUCCCAGAGUCACAUACACAUACACAGAUAUAUUUACAAUAUAUUAUUUUCAAUGUGUUGGCUAGGAUUUGUCUCACACACAAACAGUAUAUUAUUUGCAAUGUAUUGCUUUGGACUGAAAUAAAUGCAAAUCUGAAUUUA